AUGACUAGUUCUUCCACUGCAACUGAACCCUCAAUUCAGAGUACAGCAGAAGACACUGGAACUACACAGGCAGGGACCUCCGCUUCUCCCACCUCUGAGCAACCAUCCACCACAGGGACAUCUUCUCUGUCAACGUUGGAGACCUCUUCCAGUGUGACCACUGCAACUGAACCCUCAAUUCAGAGUACAGCAGAAGACACUGGUACUACACCGGCAGGGACCUCCGCUUCUCCCACCUCUGAGCAACCAUCCACCACAGGGACAUCUCUGUCAACGUUGGGGACCUUUUCCAGUGUGACCACUGCAACUGAACCCUCAAUUCAGAGUACAGCAGAAGACACUGGUACUACACAGGCAGGGACCUCCGCUUCUCCCACCUCUGAGCAACCAUCCACCACAGGGACAUCUCUGUCAACGUUGGGGACCUCUUCCAGUGUGACCACUGCAACUGAACCCUCAAUUCAGAGUACAGCAGAAGACACUGGUACAACACAGGCAGUGACCUUCGCUUCUCCCACCUCUGAGCAACCAUCCACCACAGGGACAUCUUCUCUGUCAACGUUGGAGACCUCUUCCAGUGUGACCACUGCAACUGAACCCUCAAUUCAGAGUACAGCAGAAGACACUGGUACUACACAGGCAGGGACCUCCGCUUCUCCCACCUCUGAGCAACCAUCCACCACAGGGACAUCUUCUCUGUCAACGUUGAGGACCUCUUCCAGUGUGACCACUGCAACUGAACCCUCAAUUCAGAGUACAGCAGAAGACACUGGUACUACACAGGCAGGGACCUCCGCUUCUCCCACCGCUGAGCAACCAUCCACCACAGGGACAUCUCUGUCAACGUUGGGGACCUCUUCCAGUGUGACCACUGCAACUGAACCCUCAAUUCAGCGUACAGCAGAAGACACUGGUACUACACAGGCAGGGACCUCCGCUUCUCCCACCUCUGAGCAACCAUCCACCACAGGGACAUCUCUGUCAACGUUGGGGACCUCUUCCAGUGUGACCACUGCAACUGAACCCUCAAUUCAGAGAACAGCAGCGGACACGUGUACAAGACUGGCACGGACCUCCGCUUCUCCCACCACUGAGCAACCAUCCACCACAGGGACAUCUUCUAUGUCAACGUUGGGGACCUCUUCCAGUGUGACCACUGCAACUCAACCCUCAAUUCAGAGUACAGCAGAAGACACUGGUACUACACCAGCAGCGACCUCCGCUUCUCCCACCUCUGAGCAACCAUCCACCACAGGGACAUCUCUGUCAACGUUGGGGACCUCUUCCAGUGUGACCACUGCAACUGAACCCUCAAUUCAGAGUACAGCAGAAGACACUGGUAGAACACAGGCAGUGACCUUCGCUUCUCCCACCGCUGAGCAACCAUCCACCACAGGGACAUCUUCUCUGUCAACGUUGGAGACCUCUUCCAGUGUGACCACUGCAACUGAACCCUCAAUUCAGAGUACAGCAGAAGACACUGGUACUACACAGGCAGGGACCUCCGCUUCUCCCACCGCUGAGCAACCAUCCACCACAGGGACAUCUUCUCUGUCAACGUCGGAGACCUCUUCCAGUGUGACCACUGCAACUGAACCCUCAAUUCAGAGUACAGCAGAAGACACUGGUACUACACAGGCAGGGACCUCCGCUUCUCCCACCUCUGAGCAACCAUCCACCACAGGGACAUCUUCUCUGUCAACGUUGAGGACCUCUUCCAGUGUGACCACUGCAACUGAACCCUCAAUUCAGAGUACAGCAGAAGACACUGGUACUACACAGGCAGGGACCUCCGCUUCUCCCACCGCUGAGCAACCAUCCACCACAGGGACAUCUCUGUCAACGUUGGGGACCUCUUCCAGUGUGACCACUGCAACUGAACCCUCAAUUCAGAGUACAGCAGGAGACACUAGUACAAAACAGGCAGUGACCUUCGCUUCUCCCACCGCUGAGCAACCAUCCACCACAGGGACAUCUCUGCCAACGUUGGGGACCUUUUCCAGUGUGACCACUGCAACUGAACCCUCAAUUCAGAGUACAGCAGGAGACACUAGUACAAAACAGGUAGUGACCUCCGCUUCUCCCACCACUGAGCAACCAUCCACCACAGGGACAUCUUCUCUGUCAACAUUGGGGACCUCUUCCAGUGUGACCACUGCAACUGAACCCUCAAUUCAGAGUACAGCAGGAGACACUAGUACAAAACAGGCAAUGACCUCCGCUUCUCCCACCACUGAGCAACCAUCCACCACAGGGACAUCUUCUCUGUCAACGUUGGGGACCUCUUCCAGUGUGACCACUGCAACUGAACCCUCAAUUCAGAGUACAGCAGAAGACACUGGUACUACACAGGCAGGGACCUCCGCUUCUCCCACCUCUGAGCAACCAUCCACCACAGGGACAUCUCUGUCAACGUUGGGGACCUCUUCCAGUGUGACCACUGCAACUGAACCCUCAAUUCAGAGUACAGAAGGAGACACUAGUACAAAACAGGCAGUGACCUUCGCUUCUCCCACCACUGAGCAACCAUCCACCACAGGGACAUCUUCUAUGUCAACGUUGGGGACCUCUUCCAGUGUGACCACUGCAACUCAACCCUCAAUUCAGAGUACAGCAGAAGACACUGGUACUACACCAGCAGCGACCUCCGCUUCUCCCACCUCUGAGCAACCAUCCACCACAGGGACAUCUCUGUCAACGUUGGGGACCUCUUCCAGUGUGACCACUGCAACUGAACCCUCAAUUCAGAGUACAGCAGAAGACACUGGUAGAACACAGGCAGUGACCUUCGCUUCUCCCACCGCUGAGCAACCAUCCACCACAGGGACAUCUUCUCUGUCAACGUUGGAGACCUCUUCCAGUGUGACCACUGCAACUGAACCCUCAAUUCAGAGUACAGCAGAAGACACUGGUACUACACAGGCAGGGACCUCCGCUUCUCCCACCUCUGAGCAACCAUCCACCACAGGGACAUCUUCUCUGUCAACGUUGGGGACCUCUUCCAGUGUGACCACUGCAACUGAACCCUCAAUUCAGAGUACAGCAGAAGACACUGGUACUACACAGGCAGGGACCUCCGCUUCUCCCACCGCUGAGCAACCAUCCACCACAGGGACAUCUCUGUCAACGUUGGGGACCUCUUCCAGUGUGACCACUGCAACUGAACCCUCAAUUCAGCGUACAGCAGAAGACACUGGUACUACACAGGCAGGGACCUCCGCUUCUCCCACCUCUGAGCAACCAUCCACCACAGGGACAUCUCUGUCAACGUUGGGGACCUCUUCCAGUGUGACCACUGCAACUGAACCCUCAAUUCAGAGUACAGCAGAAGACACUGGUACUACACAGGCAGGGACCUCCGCUUCUCCCACCUCUGAGCAACCAUCCACCACAGGGACAUCUCUGUCAACAUUGGGGACCUCUUCCAGUGUGACGACUGCAACUCAACCCUCAAUUCAGAGUACAGCAGAAGACACUGGUACUACACCAGCAGCGACCUCCGCUUCUCCCACCUCUGAGCAACCAUCCACCACAGGGACAUCUCUGUCAACGUUGGGGACCUCUUCCAGUGUGACCACUGCAACUGAACCCUCAAUUCAGAGUACAGCAGAAGACACUGGUAGAACACAGGCAGUGACCUUCGCUUCUCCCACCGCUGAGCAACCAUCCACCACAGGGACAUCUUCUCUGUCAACGUUGGAGACCUCUUCCAGUGUGACCACUGCAACUGAACCCUCAAUUCAGAGUACAGCAGAAGACACUGGUACUACACAGGCAGGGACCUCCGCUUCUCCCACCGCUGAGCAACCAUCCACCACAGGGACAUCUUCUCUGUCAACGUUGGAGACCUCUUCCAGUGUGACCACUGCAACUGAACCCUCAAUUCAGAGUACAGCAGAAGACACUGGUACUACACAGGCAGGGACCUCCGCUUCUCCCACCUCUGAGCAACCAUCCACCACAGGGACAUCUUCUCUGUCAACGUUGAGGACCUCUUCCAGUGUGACCACUGCAACUGAACCCUCAAUUCAGAGUACAGCAGAAGACACUGGUACUACACAGGCAGGGACCUCCGCUUCUCCCACCUCUGAGCAACCAUCCACCACAGGGACAUCUCUGUCAACGUUGGGGACCUCUUCCAGUGUGACCACUGCAACUGAACCCUCAAUUCAGAGUACAGCAGGAGACACUAGUACAAAACAGGCAGUGACCUUCGCUUCUCCCACCGCUGAGCAACCAUCCACCACAGGGACAUCUCUGCCAACGUUGGGGACCUUUUCCAGUGUGACCACUGCAACUGAACCCUCAAUUCAGAGUACAGCAGGAGACACUAGUACAAAACAGGUAGUGACCUCCGCUUCUCCCACCACUGAGCAACCAUCCACCACAGGGACAUCUUCUCUGUCAACAUUGGGGACCUCUUCCAGUGUGACCACUGCAACUGAACCCUCAAUUCAGAGUACAGCAGGAGACACUAGUACAAAACAGGUAGUGACCUCCGCUUCUCCCACCACUGAGCAACCAUCCACCACAGGGACAUCUUCUCUGUCAACGUUGGGGACCUCUUCCAGUGUGACCACUGCAACUGAACCCUCAAUUCAGAGUACAGCAGAAGACACUGGUACUACACAGGCAGGGACCUCCGCUUCUCCCACCUCUGAGCAACCAUCCACCACAGGGACAUCUUCUCUGUCAACGUUGGGGACCUCUUCCAGUGUGACCACUGCAACUGAACCCUCAAUUCAGAGUACAGCAGAAGACACUGGUACUACACAGGCAGGGACCUCCGCUUCUCCCACCUCUGAGCAACCAUCCACCACAGGGACAUCUUCUCUGCCAACGUUGGGGACCUCUUCCAGUGUGACCACUGCAACUGAACCCUCAAUUCAGAGUACAGCAGAAGACACUGGUACUACACAGGCAGGGACCUCCGCUUCUCCCACCGCUGAGCAACCAUCCACCACAGGGACAUCUUCUCUGUCAACGUUGGGGACCUCUUCCAGUGUGACCACUGCAACUGAACCCUCAAUUCAGAGUACAGCAGAAGACACUGGUACUACACCGGCAGGGACCUCCGCUUCUCCCACCUCUGAGCAACCAUCCACCACAGGGACAUCUUCUCUGUCAACGUUGGGGACCUCUUCCAGUGUGACCACUGCAACUGAACCCUCAAUUCAGAGUACAGCAGAAGACACUGGUACUACACAGGCAGGGACCUCCGCUUCUCCCACCUCUGAGCAACCAUCCACCACAGGGACAUCUCUGUCAACGUUGGGGACCUCUUCCAGUGUGACCACUGCAACUGAACCCUCAAUUCAGAGUACAGCAGAAGACACUGGUACUACACAGGCAGGGACCUCCGCUUCUCCCACCUCUGAGCAACCAUCCACCACAGGGACAUCUUCUGACAACGUUGGGUACCUCUUCCAGUGUGACCACUGCAACUGAACCCUCAAUUCAGAGUACAGCAGAAGACACUGGUACUAAACCAGCAGCUACCACCCCUUCUCCCACCUCUGAGCAACCAUCCACCACAGGGACAUCUCUGUCAACGUUGGGGACCUCUUCCAGUGUGACCACUGCAACUGAACCCUCAAUUCAGAGUACAGCAGAAGACACUGGUACUACACCAGCAGCGACCUUCGCUUCUCCCACCUCUGAGCAACCAUCCACCACAGGGACAUCUUCUCUGUCAACAUUGGGGACCUCUUCCAGUGUGACCACUGCAACUGAACCCUCAAUUCAGAGUACAGCAGAAGACACUGGUAGAACACAGGCAGUGACCUUCGCUUCUCCCACCGCUGAGCAACCAUCCACCACAGGGACAUCUUCUCUGUCAACGUUGGAGACCUCUUCCAGUGUGACCACUGCAACUGAACCCUCAAUUCAGAGUACAGCAGAAGACACUGGUACUACACAGGCAGGGACCUCCGCUUCUCCCACCGCUGAGCAACCAUCCACCACAGGGACAUCUUCUCUGUCAACGUUGGAGACCUCUUCCAGUGUGACCACUGCAACUGAACCCUCAAUUCAGAGUACAGCAGAAGACACUGGUACUACACAGGCAGGGACCUCCGCUUCUCCCACCUCUGAGCAACCAUCCACCACAGGGACAUCUUCUCUGUCAACGUUGAGGACCUCUUCCAGUGUGACCACUGCAACUGAACCCUCAAUUCAGAGUACAGCAGAAGACACUGGUACUACACAGGCAGGGACCUCCGCUUCUCCCACCUCUGAGCAACCAUCCACCACAGGGACAUCUUCUCUGUCAACGUUGGGGACCUCUUCCAGUGUGACCACUGCAACUGAACCCUCAAUUCAGAGUACAGCAGAAGACACUGGUACUACACAGGCAGGGACCUCCGCUUCUCCCACCUCUGAGCAACCAUCCACCACAGGGACAUCUCUGUCAACGUUGGGGACCUCUUCCAGUGUGACCACUGCAACUGAACCCUCAAUUCAGAGUACAGCAGAAGACACUGGUAGCAACACAGGCAGUGACCUUCGCUUCUCCCACCGCUGAGCAACCAUCCACCACAGGGACAUCUUCUCUGUCAACGUUGGGGACCUCUUCCAGUGUGACCACUGCAACUGAACCCUCAAUUCAGAGUACAGCAGAAGACACUGGUACUACACAGGCAGGGACCUCCGCUUCUCCCACCUCUGAGCAACCAUCCACCACAGGGACAUCUUCUCUGUCAACGUUGGGGACCUCUUCCAGUGUGACCACUGCAACUGAACCCUCAAUUCAGAGUACAGCAGAAGACACUGGUACUACACAGGCAGGGACCUCCGCUUCUCCCACCUCUGAGCAACCAUCCACCACAGGGACAUCUUCUCUGCCAACGUUGGGGACCUCUUCCAGUGUGACCACUGCAACUGAACCCUCAAUUCAGAGUACAGAAGGAGACACUAGUACAAAACAGGCAGUGACCUUCGCUUCUCCCACCGCUGAGCAACCAUCCACCACAGGGACAUCUUCUCUGUCAACGUUGGGGACCUCUUCCAGUGUGACCACUGCAACUGAACCCUCAAUUCAGAGUACAGCAGAAGACACUGGUACUACACCGGCAGCGACCUCCGCUUCUCCCACCUCUGAGCAACCAUCCACCACAGGGACAUCUCUGUCAACGUUGGGGACCUCUUCCAGUGUGACCACUGCAACUGAACCCUCAAUUCAGAGUACAGAAGGAGACACUAGUACAAAACAGGCAGUGACCUUCGCUUCUCCCACCGCUGAGCAACCAUCCACCACAGGGACAUCUCUGCCAGCGUUGGGGACCUUUUCCAGUGUGACCACUGCAACUGAACCCUCAAUUCAGAGUACAGCAGGAGACACUAGUACAAAACAGGUAGUGACCUCCGCUUCUCCCACCACUGAGCAACCAUCCACCACAGGGACAUCUUCUCUGUCAACAUUGGGGACCUCUUCCAGUGUGACCACUGCAACUGAACCCUCAAUUCAGAGUACAGCAGAAGACACUGGUACUACACAGGCAGGGACCUCCGCUUCUCCCACCUCUGAGCAACCAUCCACCACAGGGACAUCUUCUCUGUCAACGUUGGGGACCUCUUCCAGUGUGACCACUGCAACUGAACCCUCAAUUCAGAGUACAGCAGAAGACACUGGUACUACACAGGCAGGGACCUCCGCUUCUCCCACCUCUGAGCAACCAUCCACCACAGGGACAUCUUCUCUGCCAACGUUGGGGACCUCUUCCAGUGUGACCACUGCAACUGAACCCUCAAUUCAGAGUACAGCAGAAGACACUGGAACUACACAGGAAGGGACCUCUGCUUCUCCCACCGCUGAGCAACCAUCCACCACAGGGACAUCUUCUCUGCCAACGUUGGGGACCUCUUCCAGUGUGACCACUGCAACUGAACCCUCAAUUCAGAGUACAGCAGAAGACACUGGUACUACACAGGCAGGGACCUCCGCUUCUCCCACCUCUGAGCAACCAUCCACCACAGGGACAUCUUCUCUGUCAACGUUGGGGACCUCUUCCAGUGUGACCACUGCAACUGAACCCUCAAUUCAGAGUACAGCAGAAGACACUAGUAGUAUGCAGGCAAUGACUUCUGCUUCUCCCACCUCUGAUCAACCAUCCACCACAGGCACAUCUUCUCUGUCAACAUUGCCUGCCGCUCCCAGUGUGACCACUGCAACUGAACCCUCAACUCUGAGUACAGCAGGAGAUACUACUACUCCGCAGGAAGUGACCUCCAUUUCUUCCACCUCCUCAGAGGAACCAUCCACUGCAGGGACACUUUCUCUGUCAACGUUGCCCGCCUCUUCCAGUGUGACCACUCCAACUGAACCCUCAACUCAGAGUACUGCAGGAGGCACUACUUCUCCUCGGGAAGUGACCUCCAUUUCUUCCACAUCAUCGGAACCAUCCACUCCAGGGACAACUUCUCUGUCAACGUUUCCGGCCUCUUCCAGUGAUGGUACUACAGCGAUCCUAAGCGCAACUAGUGUGACUGAAACGGUCAGUUCACCUACCACCUCUUCCAGUUCCACCGAACAGCGUUCUGAAACAGUUACAUCUAUCUUUUCCCCAAGCACCACCACUGCAUAUGGACCCUCAACUCAGAGUACAGCAGGAGGCACUACUAUUACGCUGGCAGUGACCUCUGCUUCUUCCACCUCGGAGGAACCAUCCACUGCAGGGACAUCUUCUCUGUCAACGUUGCCUGCCCCUUCCUUUGAGGGUACUACAGCAAUCCUAAGUACAACUAGUGUGACUGAUAAGCUGGGUCCAUCUACCACCUCCUCCAGUUCCACAGAAGAGCGUCCUGAAACAAGCACAUCAAAGGCAUCUACGUCUACCGGUAUGAAAAUCUCCACCAUUGGGGCCCCUUUCCCUUCCACUAUUACCCGUUCACACACAUUUACUCCUUCUGAACUGAAAAGUUCCUCUGUUAGGGCCUAUAUUUUCAUAUGGAAAUGAUGUUUAUUUCCUAGCACACGACUGCAGGGCUUAAUGGUUUGCACUUGUUGCAAUCAUGCUUCUUGGCGCAUUACAAAGUUCUUGCAUCAGUUUACAAGGCCCUUAAUAUACUUGAGUCCAGAAUAUCUUCAAUACCUAUUAAUGUGUUAUAUCCCUGUUUGAUCAGUGCUCUCUUUGUGGGAGCUGAUCUACGUGGUCCCUCAUGAGUCAAGGCACACGACGUAUAGCCACCGUGUAACUCUUUCCUGGCUGAGAACCAUUCUUUAUUGAACUCCAGGCCCUUGGCUUAGGCUUUCUUGAUUUCAGCAAGCAGCUAAAGUUCUGAUUAAUUCUAAUUGAUUUUAUGUAUUGCUCUUUCAGCCUCACUAUACACUUAGAAAUAAUAGCAUUAGGCUGUACAAUAUAUAAAUUAUUAUUGUCAUCAUCAUCAUCAUAUAUGAGGGCUCUUUUGUCGGCUUGUUCUUAAAUAUUAUUAAUGUUCUGUUCUGUUCUCUUCCUCUUCCUCAGCUUCUUCCACCACAGUUGUCCCUCUCGGGUGUCUUAAUGGAGGAGUGCUUGUUGGGGGUCGUUGUCACUGCCCAUCUCCCUAUACUGGGCAGCGAUGUGAAGAGGCAAGGAAUGAAAUCCAAGUGGGUAAGUCUUAGUACAAAUUAUUAGUACAAGGCUCCUGCCCUCUGGCUCUUCUUUUGAAAACAAAAGCUCAGGAAUGUCCGGGUAUGUGUAGUAAUUUUCUAGGUGGGCAAUAUUUGUGCUCCUGCGGCCAACUUGCUUGAUUCAAAGUGGUGUGUUGCUUCUGCGGCAUCACCCUGACACCUGCAGUUUAAAAAGCUUCUGAUACCAGCAGGAGCAGCAGCAGCUGGACCAGAAUGUCACCUGCCUCAGGACCUGGAGAGUUCCGGUCAGCAAGAGUAGACUACACUGAGCUGAUACGCGCACAUUCCCAUGUAUUUCACACCCUGUACCAGCGCCCUUUCUCUGCACACUUGGUGUGGAUCCAGAAGUGAUUCAUGUUGUUUCCAUGAUCACGGUGACUCAAUGGACACCGGAAGUGCUCAUCCUCACAUCUGAAACUGUGGCUGUACCUUCAUGUUUAAUGACUUCUGUGUUUUCUGAUCACAGUGACUGUUGUGGCCAUAAUCCAUGUCUCUGUAACAGUGAGGAAUUGGGACUUUAGACCAGAGAUGGCGAUUUACGGCUCGCAUGACUUCAAGAGAUUCGUGAAUGUCUUUGAGCAACAGGUGAGGGGUGGCUGGGAGUUCAUAGAGGAUGCCCACUCAGGAAAAUGAUCACUUCCAGGCAGACCUAUUGUUACUUUUGAGUCUGGGUCCCGUUAACGUGCCAUUCCUUUGUGGUAAACUUCAUUAACAGAGAUUUGUCCGCUUAGCACAUCUGGAAACACAGGCCGAUUUCCAUCCUUUGGAACACCUAGAUAUCCAGAUGUGGAAAUGUAGCUAUCAGAUGAGUAUAGAAAGCUGUUUCUGUAAUUUGUAACUCAGAACUGAUGGUUCAAACCCUAAUACACACAUCAGGAACCGUCUUCCUAAUUGUCACUUUUGAAAGACCAAUCUUAAAGUGACAAAGGUCCUCUUCCUGCCUUUAUAAUCAUCCCAUCCCUUUGGCCAGGCUGUCUGCUGGGAACUGGAGUCCAAGAACAGCUGGGGGAGGGCCACCAACUAGCCAUGCCCAGCACAGGAGAUACCCCAAAGGUGUGUUGGAAGGGUGGAGGAGUUAAGGGAGCACAGCAGGAUAGAGAGGCCCUACUCAGCACACAGGAGGGACCCAGAAUCUGCUGGGAUGGGGGGUUUAGUAUUUCUCAGAUCCACAAACUAGUAUCUUGUACAUGUAGAGUAUUUUGUUGUUUCUGAUUUUUGGUGUUGCCUUUUUGGUACAUUGUAAACAUCGGCAGGAUUGCUGACAUGCACACCUUCUAAGCUGUUGAUGCUGCCAAGUGUCAGUAACUCCUCCGCUCCUGGCCAGACCUGCUCUUGAUUGCUGCUCCUCACAUUCCGUUGUCACUGAAGCCGAGCUAAGAUUUUCUCUCUCUCUCUGUGCAGAUGAACAUCUUCUAUUCGGGCGUUUUUGGGUACCAGGGCUUACAUGUGAUUAAUCUGAGGUGAGGCACAGAUAGAUAUGUUUGGCGACCAAGCAUUGGAGAGAGUGUGGUUUUGGGUUCCAGCAAAUUCCUUGGCGCCCAACGUAAAACACCACACUCCCUUGAACACGGAAGCCUGAACAGGCCAUGUUGACCCCCCUCACAACAGGCCAACUGGGGGCACCUUCACAACUGGGGCUAAAUGAUUUAUCCUUCUUGCUUCCUGCUUCUUGCUUCCAGGCGAGGCAGUGUCAUCGUGGACCACGAUGUGCGUCUGCGUGAGCCGUUCUCGAACUUCAGUGGUUCUUAUGAGGCAUCCAUCAAGGACAUCAUCCAGGUCCUGAAAAAUAAUUGCACUUUCAACCAAACAGGUGAGGCAGCAGCUGCCACUGGCUGGCUGGCCGCUUCAUGAACGAAAAGGCUUCCUUUGCUUGCAUGCCACGGGGCACCUCUUGCCGCUACAUUCCUGCCCCGUAUCUGGCUUGUGGAGUGCGAGGAAAAGGUUCCUUAUAAGACGUCUCCAGAUCAGAUGCCACGAGGAAGCAGGGGCCAUCCAAGGGCAGCAAUCCUGCCCCUUUUUAUUUGGGAGUGCCGUAUUUUUUGCUCUAUAAGACUCACUUUUUCCCUCCUAAAAAGUAAGGGGAAAUGUGUGUGCGUCUUAUGGGGCGAAUGCAGGCUGCGCAGCUAUCCCAGAAGCCAGAACAGCAAGAGGGAUUGCUGCUUUCACUGCGCAGCGAUCCCUCUUGCUGUUCGGGCUUCUGGGAUAGCCACGCAAAGCCUCUUCAGGGCAGGGGGAGCCCUCCUCCUGCUGCCCUGAAGAGGCUUUGUGUUGCUUUCGCUGAAGCGAUCCCUCUUGCUGUUCUGGCUUCUGGGAUUCAGAAUAUUUUUUUCCUUGUUUUCCUCCUCCAAAAACUAGGUGCGUCUUGUGGUCUGGUGCGUCUUAUAGAGCAAAAAAUACAAUAAAUCCUGCCGGCAUCAGUGGCACUUAAGAGCUUGUCCACUUCUCUACUUGUCAAUCGGAGCAGUGAGACAGCCCGUGACCCACCUCUCUACAGAAUCUGAGCAGCUUCACUGAGCCCAAGCCCAGCCCCCGCUCCCCUGAUCCAAACAAUCAUGCUGUUUCUCUAGGAACAGAAGUACGGAAGCUUAUUGGGGGAAAACGUAGUCUUCCUAGUGUGCCCAUUUCACAGGCAGCAAGCUUCAUCUAUGCCAGAUCUGAGGCCAUGCAAGCUGAGGGGAUACCCAGUAACAGACCCCUUUCACAUCAACAACCCCAGCAGAGACGGAUGUCAGGGUGCUGGCUGAACAUAGGAGGGAUGGCAGAGGAAGUGUGUUUCCUUCAACUGGCAGGGAGACAUGGGGAGUGGGUGGGGGAAGAGGUCCCUCCCCUUGGAUGCUCCCCCCCUCUGUGAUUUCUUCCUUUCAGAAGCCUCACCUUUGCUUUUCCCCCUCUCCUUUAGAUCAGCUCUGCUUUGCUGAAGGAAAAUCUCGUGUGACUCCAGUGCCCCUGAGCCCUGAAGGUGAGGACUGGGGUGUGAGAGGGGGUCAGUGUGUGCUUAACACACUCCUGAUGUUGAAGAGUUGCAGUGGGCUGUCUGGAUGGGGGCGGUGGAGCCGUAUGAGGAAGAAAACAUGGCCACCACAUGCAAACAAAUGCAUUGCUGGUGUGGACACUGCAGAUGUUGCCAGGAUUCUGCAAAGUGCAGUCACAACUGAGAUGCACAGAGGCUAAUCCUUGUCCCAUCAAGUGCAAUUAACCUGUGGGAUCCUCUGACACAAGUCUGGAUGGCUUCAAAGGAGGAUGAGAGGAAAGGGUUUUAUGGCAUUGUGGCUGUAUACUACCUCCAUAUUCAGGGUCAGUCUAACUCUAAGUUGCUGGGAGAAGCAGAGUCAGACAGUGUUUCUGCUGGUGCCUUUCCCGGAGACAAGUGGCUGAGCAUUCUGGGAUGCUGAACCCUCGGGGCCUUGGACCUAAUCCUGCAGCAGGCUCCUCUUCUGAUCUCCUGGUCUCAAGCAUGCGGUGGUUUUCUAAGAGGCACUUGCAUUCUCCCGUUUCUGACUGUGCUUCCUUCCUUCCCCUUUCCAGAUCUGUCAAAAGAAUGCAAGAACACCUCUGUGGUGGCAAAAAACAUCCAGCAAUUUUACGUGGCACGAAACAUCAGUGGCAACCUCCAGUGUGUCUCUAACUGCAGCGUUUGGCACCCCGACCCCUUCAGAUGUGUGAACGGAAACUGCUAUAUCACCCCUGAGGGGCCCAGUUGCUAGUGAGUAGCAUGCCAGGGGGUGAAGUGGGUGGUGGCAAAGGAUCUGGGCCUGUGGCACAGGGGGACAAAAUCAUGCCCAUAGGCUGUUCCUACCAGAUGUGCUAGUUGUUGUUGUUUAGUUGUUUAGCCGUGUCCGCCUCUUCGUGACCCCCUGGACCAGAGCACGCCAGGCCCUCCUGUCUUCCACUGCCUCCCGCAGUUUGGUCAAACUCAUGCUGGUAGCUUCGAGAACACUGUCCCACCAUCUCGUCCUCUGUCCUCCCCUUCUCCUUGUGCCCUCCAUCUUCCCCAACAUCAGGGUCUUUUCCAGGGAGUCUUCUCUUCUCAUGAGGUGGCCAAAGUCUUGGAGCCUCGGCUUCAGGAUCUGUCCUUCCAGUGAGCACUCAGGGCUGAUUUCUUUCAGAAAGGAGAGGUUUGAUCUCCUUGCAGUCCAUGGGACUCUCAAGAGUCUCCUCCAGCACCAGAAUUCAAAAGCAGCUAUGCUAGUAGGAACCAUAUAAAUGUCAUUUUUAAGAAAACAGUGUCAUUCGUGUGCAUGUUGUCUUUUGCUGCAAUUCCCCGUGGGCACCAGUCACCACUGCUCCUGCCUUGGAUUAAGGCCCUGGAUGCCACUCAGCCCCCCCCCCGAAUUGCAGCAUCAGAAACACCCCCUGCUCCCCACCCCGUAAAUAACCCAGGCAUCCUGGGCCCCAUUACCUGCCUCCUUGCCGGUUUUUGACGCCGCCUUUCCUCCCACAGCUGUGAGCAGUCGGACUCCUACUGGUUCGUGGGCCGGCGCUGUGAGCAGGGCAUCAGCAAGGUGGGGGUGGCCGUGGGGGUGGCCCUGGGCCUGGCGGUGCUGCUGCUGAUCAUCCUGGUCUUGGUCGUGCUUCUCUGCUGGAGGCGCUGUUGCCCGAGGGAGAAGGGACACAGGUAGGAGGAGGGCUGGGCACUCAAACUCUUGUCAGCUCGGUCUGCUCUGCGUCCCGGUCAGCCUCUGCUUUGCAUCUUCUCUCAAUGACCACCUUGGGGGGAAAGUUCACUGGGAUUGGAAAGGCAUUCUCUGUGAAUUGCCCUGGGAACUACGGAUGAAGGGCAUUAUACUACUACUACAACUACAACUACUACUACUACUAAUAAUAAUAACCACAUUGUAGAAAGGCUAUCCAAGCUGCUUGUGUCUGGAUGGAGCCCUUCAGAGGCCCUGCUCCUUCCUGUCUCAUUCUCUGCCCUAUUUCCAGCUGCUGGUGGUGGGGCUGCAGGUGCAUGGUUCGGUCACCCCCUCACCCGCCAUAGGUCAGUCUCUGCUGUUUUCAACUGGCGCUGACUCUGGAAGCUGUCCUUGAAAUGGGCUGAAGGACAGAUCUUUGCCCUGAUGGCCUCUGUUGGUCUCCCACUCCCAGGCUGACACAUUUGCCUCCUGAUGAAGAGAAGCGGUAUGAAAAUGAGCCCGAGUGGGUGUUCCAUCCCGAACACCCUGCAACUGCCACAGGAGGUAUGUGGGGCAAGGUCUAGGCCAGGAAGGGGAGGCCAUGGUGGGGGUGGCAUGCCUUGGUGUCCAUGUCAACUGCUGGCCCCCAAAGUAUGCUUCUUCCCUUGACCUGCGGGUUAAUGCAUGAAAAAAAAUACAUCAGUGGAAUUAUAGAUGGUCUGGGGUUGCAGAAGUUGCACAGAAACAUUCCACCCCACAUACAGAAAUAAGGAAAUAAGAAAGGGGAGAGCAACAGGGGAGGUCAAACACAGCCACGUCCCCAAACUGCAAUCAGAUGGAAGGGCUUUCCAUGCCCUGCCACCCCACCCUGCUCUGAUCCAGGAGAAGGAGGGGGGAAAUAGAAAUAAAUGAGAUGUGAGGGUUCUCAUGUACUCUGUGCUCUGGGAGGGAGCACUAGGCACCUGAGGGGGAUGACGAGCCUCAGCCCUGAUUACGGGUUGCAUUAUCACACCAGGGAAGACCACUUUGCUUGCCAGAGCUUUGAAAGUGCAUUUUGUAAAAAUAAAGCAGGUUCCAGCUGGCUCUGUAGGUCCCUCCCUUCUUGGAAGACGUCUGGGUGGGCAAGUGGAGAGGCUGGACUGGGGAGAAGGGAAGCCCAAAUCUAAAAAAUGACUGACAUGCCCCCUCCUACUUCACCCUUUGCACAGAAGACCCUUUCGCUGGUGACAGAGACAGCUCCUUCCGACCACGCCUGGAAACGGUGGACACAUCUUUGCCGGUACAAGAAACGAGGGCAUCUGGGGUUCGGUGUGUGUGUCACAGCUGAGAGACAGCAGGCAGGGAUUAGAAGCGGCGCAGAAAAGCACAGCCAGAACAAUCCGGGGGCAGAUCCAAGCCCUUUCCCAAAAAGGACAGUGACUUUUUGAAUUACGAAAAAAAGUACAUGAUCGGUUUAUAGCAUUAUGGGUGGUAAGCAGAUAGUGGACAAGAGGAGGGUUAUCUCUCAUGAUACGAGGUCAUUCCACAAAGCCAAAGGGCAGGAGGUUCAGAAUGGGGGGAAAGUCUUUCUUCACACUGGUGCCAUAAGUGACAUAUGGAACGCCCUGCCACAAGAUGUGGCAGAGGCUGCUACCUCUUGGAGAGCUUUAAAGGUGCGUGGUUGGUUGUGUGUGGCAUGAGAGGUGGGCCAAAUUCCUGGCAGACCUGAAGUCCAUCAAUUAAAAGCUACCAGUUAGAAUAGUGAAAUGGAGCCUCCAGGAUCAGAAGCAGUCUACCACUGGGUGCCAGUUGCUCAGGGAGAUGGCAGGAGAUCUGUGUCAGCAGCAAGGAAGGGCUGUUGGCUCCAUUUCCUGCUUGUGGGCUUUUCUUCUGGGCAUCUGGCCAGAAUCCGGACGCUGCUGCAGGUGGACUUAGCUCUGAGUAGUGGGGCACUUUCUGAAAGGUGCUUGUCAUUUCCGCUGACCCUGCCUCACCCGCCUGCUUUCUCCUUCUCUCCCUGCUCACUGCAGACACGGAUCGCUCGGCCCCACUUGGCCCGGCUGUGAAGAAGCCCCGGGGCCACGGGAAGGACGCUGGGUCUGGAUUUGCACAGGACAUGCCGGUGAUGCCUUCCUGCUUCCUCUCGCACUUCAGGAGUGGGGUGCUGCUGCCUCCUUGAAUACCGGCGCCUCUUCGUGGUGAUGCUGGAAGGAGGAGGUGGAGGAGGAACAGGGCCCCAUUGGGGGUAUUUGGGCUUCUGCCCCCCCAGGACUCGCGUUGCCCGCAGAGGCAGAACUUGCACAAUCACAUCCCUCAGCAAGGGGCCUUUGACGACUGCCUGGAUGCCAAGGCCAGCUGGUGCAAGAGGAGGCCGCCUUGCAAGGGUCUCACAUAGUCUCUGCAGGUCGGGGGCCACGGCUAGCACUUUUGGUACCUUUCUGUACCAACCUAUUUAUUUCCCCUUCGCCUCUCUCCAGUUUGGCUCUGGAUUCCUCCCUCCAGCCCCAACCUGCUCCCACUUGGCUUUUCCUUCUCUUGGUACAAACUUACCCAUCCCCUUCCAUCCCAGCCCCAGAUACACCUGUAACAUCACUGAUGACCCACGAUGCCACACACCGGUACCCACAGAGUUGCAUCCUGAGAUGCACCACAGGUUGGAUGCACAGUGCAAUUGGUGGGUUGAUUUCCAAAGGGGUGCCCCCCCCCAAUGCACAGGUGAGGGGUUCACACCCCUUAAUUCACCAUGUAAUUUGUAUAGGAUAAGUUAUUUGGCAGCGUGGCAAAGUCAAAAGAGAAAAAAAAGAACUUUUAGCACUUUGUAAUCCAAAUUUCUGAUAGUUCCUUCGGCUUUUUUAUAUAUUUUAUGGAAAAUUUGCUGCUUUAUCCAUUCGAAGCUUGAGGCUUCUCUUCCGAGGGAAUCAAAUAGAUCCCAGUGCUUGCAACUCGAUCCCACCUCUCCUCUGCUCUUUGCAGCGCGGUUCGGGCUGGGAGAGUCUGCUGACAAGUGCAGCCAGAUCCAGGUGCUCAAAAUAUCCUUUUGAGCCUUUUACAGGGGUACAUAGCACCCUUGCGUUUCCCCGGCCCAUACCCUUCAGAAAAUCGGGUCUUUCCUGGAGGACUAUAUCCAUGCUACGAUGCGGUCCGCGGCAAACCGGAAGUCAUGAAAUUUGUUCUCAGUUCACCAAGUGAGAAACCAAAACUAUCGGAAUAAAGUGUCCUUAACCUGUUGUCUGUCUUCUUGGAGGGGUAUUUAACUGAAGUUUAGAUUACUAUCUCUGUUUGGGAGACUAUUGCAGGGAAAUAGGGACAUUCUGGAAUCACAUCAGAAGCUGGGAUGGGUUUCGUAAUUCUGGGGCUGUCCCUGGAAAAUUGGGACACUUGCAGAGUGUGUGUCCAUUUGUAGAAUUAGAGGUGCUGGUUUGUUUAGAUGCCUGUGGUGGUCAUGGAAGGUAAUAAAGGCUUUAUGGGAAAUGAUAUAUAAUGCACUGAAAAAAAUGUUUAAAAUAACUUUUGUAAAAACCCCCAGAAGCCUUUCUAUUAGGAAUUAUAGGUACUGACAUUCCAAAGGAACAGAAAAGACUCUUUAUGUAUGUGACAAUAGCAGCACGGAUGCUACCAGCCCAGAGAUGGAAAGAAGAAAGAGUCCCAGAGAGGAAUGGCAAACCAAGCUGUUAGACUACGCCGGAAUGGCAAAAUUGACCCAAAAACUCAGAGACCAAGAAGACAAGAAAUUCAAGAAAGAAUGGGGAAAGUUUAUAAUUUAUUUAUGAGACCACUGUAAGAAGAUGAAAACAUUAGCAGGAUUUUAAUCUCACUUGUAAUGUAACAAAUACUAUGGACACUAUGGAUAGAUAUAAAAUAGAGAUUACGAAAUAAUAUGCACUUGAAAAUGUUGACAAGAGGACGCAUGGGGGGGGAGGGGGGGAAGACCUGAGAUUCAGAGUGAUCUCUCUACAUGGAUGUGUAUUUGGCAUGGUUAUAAAUUCAUAUUUGUAAAAUCAAAUAAAAAUGAUUUGUGCUGUUUGUUUAGAUGCCUGUUGACUUUCCCUGUUUUGUACUGUGGUCUUUCUCCAUGGUUCCUCACCCCCCACAUUUCCAAUUCAUUUACCUUUUAAAAUGCAGUGAUAAGAUUCAAGGGCCCCUGAGCAAGUGCAGAGUGCACUUCUCUCAGCACCCCUGAGAAGCCACAGCAAGAACCAGAGCAGGGGAAGAGCUUGCGGAGGAGAUAGCUUUGUGUGAGCAGAAUUGGGUCCCAGCUGCUCUUUUUUCUGGAAAUGAAGCCUUGGCUAAGGGGGAGGCCAGAGAAGUUCUGCAAUGAGCUGCCCCCAAGCAGAUUGUUUUGCUAAUUAGCAGCACCAAUCUGGAGGAAGGCUGAGGAAGGGCACUUAAGUUCCCAUUUGCAAGUACCGUAUUUUUCGUUCUAUAGGGCACACCGGCCCAUAGGACGCACCUCGUUUUUUGGGGGGGGGGAAUGAAUAAAAAAAAUUAUUCCCCCCCCCCCCGCCGCGGCUGCCGCCCCAAGCCUUGUGCACACCUGCAAGAAGCACGGGGCACCCACCGGAGGGCUCCGCGUGCUUCGGGCUGCAGGCUACCGCCCCAAGCCUCGCGCGCUCAGCGGGACCUCCCACCGGGCGCGCGAGGCUUGCAGACACUCGCCCGAGCACGGGAGCCCUCCGGAGGGCUCCCGUGCUUCGGCGACAGGCUGCCGCCCCAAGCCUCGCGCGCUCGGCGGGACCUCCUGCCGGGCGCGCAAGGCUGCGGACACUCGCCGGGGCUGCAGGCUGCUGCCUGCAAGCCUUGUGAGCCCGCGGGAACUCCCACCGGGCUUGCAAGGCUUGCGGAUAGCUUCCUGAAGCCUGGAGAGCGAGAGGGGUCGGUGCGCACCGAUGCCUCUCGCUCUCCAGGCUUCAGCGAAAGCCUGCAUUCGCUCCAUAGGACGCACACAUAUUUCCCCUUCAUUUUUGGAGGGGAAAAAGUGCGUCCUAUGGAGUGAAAAAUACGGUACUUUCCUCAAACUUAAUCCCUCUUCCCCAAAAGGGAAGGGUCUCAUCUGGCCCCCGGGGAGGUAACUUGGGUGCUGCUAACCCAGCGGUUCGACUUCACCCCCAGAGGCACACUCCAUUGUCUCUUGAGACAGACGGAUGCCAACAACAACAUUUCCCACUGAGGUCAUGUCCUUUCAACCAGAAACUGCGCAAGGUAUGCCUUCGAGUGGGUCUGUGCCUGCUCUUCUGGCUUUGGAGGCGGUUACGUAGGGAUCCUGCUCAGACGUGUAUGUACUUUGUGAUUUGCUGCCAGCUUAUAUUGCAAUUUUGCGGUUUGAGCCGGCAGCCAUGUACUCCAUCACUUUUAUUUCAAGUUGUAAACCAAUCUUCCUUUAUUGCUCUUGUUUGGGAACUUAUUGUGGGCACAAAGCCAAGGGUAGGUACACACAGCCAUGACAGAUGCAGCUUUGAGCUCCAGUAGAAGAACCUGAAACUCUGGAGAGCGCACAGAGGGACACUCAUGGCUGGUGUGUGUGUGUGUGUGUGUGUGUGUGCGGGUGGGUUCAGACGACACCUCGCAACACCAGAGAAUCACAAAUGGUGUGGAGUUUGCUUUCUAGUUGGAACUGAUCCACCAGAUGGUAACUCUGUACCACAAUAUGGUUACUAGUGAAAGCAGAUUUAGAGGAGCAUGACCGGUUCACCUGCACUGGGCACCAAUCCGAGGGGGCGACACAACAGUAAUGCAGAAUGGGAGGUGGGAGGCAGGUGGGGGGUGUGAUUAAAUUUUGGCAUCACACAGGGGUCUGCUGAAAUUUGAAAGUCCCCCACUGGGUACCAGGGUCUGUGCGAUGUUUGCCACUCAUUGUGCCAUUGCCACCAGGGUCCUAUGUAUUUGCUGCCUUUGGGUUGGAAGUGUAAUCCCAACCAUGGGGAGUCCAGAUAAGCCACCAUAUUGAGUUUUGAAGUGCUAGGGAAGUGCUUUUUGGUACCAGACUCCUAAUCUUGCUCUUCUCGAACUCAUUUUUAGAUCUGAACAGCUUCACGCAUAGCAUCCAUUUCCUAUCCUUGGUGGGCAUUGACAUGCCUGCAGCAUAAAUCCAUUUGUUUGUUGGGUGUGAUGUUCUGCAAUCCUUGCGCAUACAUUGAGGAGGAAACUUGCAGUAUGCUUCCUAUAAGAUCCAGGACUCCUUUAACAAACACAAGUGCCAUGCAUGCUUAACCAUGUUUCCUUUAUGAAAACUGCCAUAAAGAUGUUGGCGUUCCUGUACUGCAAACUGAUGGCAACUGGCCUCGCCACAAGAAUUGCCUCCAGGUGUUGAGGAGGAGGAGGACAUGCAGCUUGCAGCAGAAUCCCUGCUCUACCCGCCCCCCCCGCCCACAUUGUGCCAGAUAUGUGGUCAGGGGAAAGAGCCAGACCGAAGGCCCUGUCUCAGUGCAGCUUGGCAAGUACUGCGGUGCAAGGCCCUUACAUUUCUUUGUCACGUGUGGAUGGAAAACGCCACGGAUCCUUCAACUGCAACAAGGAAAGCUGACGACGAACGCACACUGAAGACUUAAGGUACGCUUUAUGAUGUGCCUGUUCAGUGAACAAGCAAGACUACAAGCAGCAAAGACGGUACGUCCGCGAUCAGUGAAUAUUCUCAUGGGAGGGGUGUUUCCAGCUACCCCACCCUUUGCCCUCAGAAGCCUUGCAAGUGGUUGCAGGAGAGGGACUGUGAGCAACAUCCUGGAAGGUGUGUUUCCAGGAAUAAGGUGAAACUGUGAAGCUCCCUUGUUAUUGUUGCUCUUGGUUGCUGCAUAGCGUUCAGGUAAUCUUGUUAUAUUUCUAAUACUGGAAUGGUUGGGGUUUUUUUGGUAUGUUGUUAUAUUUGCUAUUGUUUUCCUAUGUUAUUAUGAACUGGCUUUUGUAGUGUUUGUUUGAAAUGCACCCCUGUUUCUUUGCUGUAAGCCACUUUGAGCAUGGUUUUGUGUGUAUGGAAAAGCAGCAUACAAAUGAAAUGAGUGAAAUUAAAUGAUCAGUCAGGAAUCAAACACAAUCCAUAAUUGCUGUUCCAAUGCAAACAACACCUGCUGAGGAUGCCUCCAAGUACACAGCACAACAGCAGGAAGGAGUGUGUUCUACACGUCAGUGUGAGCGAUGCGUUGAGCAUCUCAUCCACUAGGAAUGUAGCCUUCAAACAUCAGGUGAACUUGCUUCCUGAUGCAGCUCGUAAAAGCCAAGCCCUAAGUUGUUCUUUCAACGUAAGGACUUUCAGCUGAUGGAACAUUGAUGGAGUGGCUCCAAGACUUUGGCCUUCUCAUGAGAAGAGAAGACUCCCUGGAAAAGACCCUGAUGCUGGGAAAGAUGGAGGGCACAAGGAGAAGGGGACGACAGAGGCCAAGAUGGUUGGGCAGUGUUCUCAAAGCUACAAACAUGAGUCUGACCAAACUGCGGGAGGCAGUGGAAGACAGGAGGGCCUGGCCUGCUCUGGUCCACGGGGUCACAAAGAGUCGGACACGACUAAAUGACUAAACAACAACACAACAACGAAAGUGAAAGAGAGUCUACCGCCUGAGGCUGUCAGUUCCACGGCUGAACAGCUCCUCUGAAAGUUCUUCCUAAUGUUUAGUGAGAAUCUCCUUUCUUGCCAUUUGAAUCCGUUGCUCCGAGUCCUCCCCUCCAGAGCCGCAGAAAGCAAGCUCACCCCAUCUUCCCUGUGAUGGCACUUCAGAUAUUUGAAGACGGCUAUCUUGUGCUCUCUCAAUCUUUUCUUCUUAGAAUCAUAGAGUUGGAAGAGACCACAAGGGCCAUCGAGUCCAACCCCCUGCCAAGCAGGAAACACCAUCAGAGCACUCCUGACAUAUGGUUGUCAAGCCUCUGCUUAAAGACCUCCAAAGAAGGAGACUCCACCACACUCCUUGGCAGCAAAUUCCACUGUUGAACAGCUCUUACUGUCAGGAAGUUCUUCCUAAUGUUUAGGUGGAAUCUUCUUUCUUGUAGUUUGGAUCCAUUGCUCCGUGUCCGCUUCUCUGGAGCAGCAGAAAACAACCUUUCUCCCUCCUCUAUGUGACAUCCUUUGAUAUAUUUGAACAUGGCUAUCAUAUCACCCCUUAACCUCCUCUUCUCCAGGCUAAACAUGCCCAGCUCCCUUAGCCGUUCCUCAUAAGGCAUCGUUUCCAGGCCUUUGACCAUUUUGGUUGCCCUCCUCUGGACACCUUCCAGUUUGUCAGUGUCCUUCUUGAACUGUGGUGCCCAGAACUGGACACAGUACUCCAGGUGAGGUCUGACCAGAGCAGAAUACAGUGGCACUAUUACUUCCCUUGAUCUAGAUGCUAUACUCCUAUUGAUGCAGCCCAGAAUUGCAUUGGCUUUUUUAGCUGCCGCGUCACACUGUUGGCUCAUGUCAAGUUUGUGGUCAACCAAGACUCCGAGAUCCUUUUCACAUGUACUGCUCUCAAGCCAGGUGUCACCCAUCUUGUAUUUGUGCCUCUCAUUUUUUUGCCCAAGUGCAAUACUUUACAUUUCUCCCUGUUAAAAUUCAUCUUGUUUGUUUUGGCCCAGUUCUCUAAUCUGUCAAAGUCGUUUUGAAGUGUGAUCCUGUCCUCUGGGGUGUUAGCCACCCCUCCCAGUUUGGUGUCAUCUGCAAAUUUGAUCAGGAUGCCCUUGAGUCCAUCGUCCAAGUCGUUGAUAAAGAUGUUGAAUAAGACUGGGCCCAAGACAGAACCCUGUGGCACCCCACUAGUCACUCUUCUCCAGGAUGAAGAGGAACCAUUGAUGAGCACCCUUUGGGUUCGGUCAGUCAGCCAGUUACAAAUCCACUGAGUGGUUGCAUAGUCAAGACCGCAUUUUACCAGCUUCUUUACAAGAAUAUCAUGGGGCACCUUGUCAAAUGCCUUGCUGAAAUCAAGAUAGGCUACAUCCACUGCGUUCCCUUCAUCUACCAGGCUUGUAAUUCUGUCAAAAAACGAGAUCAGGUUAGUCUGACAUGACUUAUUUUUCAGAAAUCCGUGCUGACUAUUGGUGAUCACAGCAUUCCUUUCUAGGUGCUCACAGACUGUUUGCUUAAUGAUCUGCUCCAGAAUCUUCCCUGGUAUUGAUGUCAGACUGACUGGGCGGUAAUUAUUUGGGUCCUCUCUUUUCCCUUUUUGAAAAUAGGGACAACAUUUGCCCUCCUCCAGUCUGCCGGGACUUCGCCUGUUCUCCAGGAAUUCUCAAAGAUGACUGCCAGUGGUUCUGAGAUCACAUCUGCCAGUUCUUUUAAUACUCUUGGAUGCAGUUCAUCUGGCCCUGGAGACUUGAAUACAUCUAAACUAGCCAAGUAUUCUUGUACUAUCUCCUUAGUUAUUCUGGGCUGUGUUUCCUCUGCUGAAUCAUUUGCUCCAAAUUCUUCAGGUCGGGCAUUGUUUUCUUUAUCGGAGAAGACUGAGGCAAAGAAGGCAUUGAGGAGUUCAGCCCUUUCUGGGUCCCCUGUUUGCAUUUCACCAUCUUCUCCUCUGAGUGACCCCACUGUUUCUUUGUUCUUCCUUUUGCUACUGAACAUACCCAUAAAAGCCUUUUUGUUGCUUUUAACCUCUCUAGCAAGCCUGAGUUCAUUCUGUGCUUUAGCUUUUCUGACUUUGUGUCUACACGUGCUGGCUAUUUGUUUGAAUUCCUCUUUGGUGGUUUCCCCCCUUUUCCAUUUUUUGUACACAUCCUUUUUUAAUCUUAACUCAGUUAAAAGUUCUUUAGGUUUGGUUUCCAGAACCUUGAUCCUCUUUGUCAGCACCAUUUCAGGCUUGCCAGCAUCCUUCUUAAAUUGGGGUCCCCAGAACUGGACAUGGUAGGAUGCUGCUUGCUGUUUUCUGAACCUUUCCCUUUGUGAGCUGAGCACAGCUCAGGGUGUGGCAAGAAGAAAGGCUCAGUGCAUAGCAGGAGGCUAUGUGCAGGGGAAAUUGCUUGGAUGCAAUGGGGCAAAUUUGAUAAAAGACUCAGUGGGGUGGGGUUAUUAAUAACAAAGGGGGAGAGAGAGAGGGGAAGGCUUCUGCCCAGACCAAUCACAGGAAGCUUGAAAUCCCUUUUUGGACGCCAUAGGAGAACACAUUUGGAGUGAGGAGCAGGAAAAGGAGUCAGGACUCCUGGGCUUCUGAAGGGCUCCUCCUGUGAAGUGAUUUAGUCAUGUGGGUGGCCAGGGUCUACUUGGCAGUGGGCCUCAGGCCUCACAGGGCAGGGUGCCUGCCAGGACUCCUGGGUUCUCAAGGAAUUUGGUGGGGCUGGGUGGCUUACAGAGAGGGAGGGCCAGGCCAGCAGUCAGUCCUUCCCUGGGCAGGGAGAGGCACUGAAGUGAGUGGCGUCAGCACCUUGGCUUCCUAACGGUGCGGCUGAGUCAUCCUGUGACCUCCGGAUCGGGCCCUUUCCCUCUGAGCACCUAGCAACUGGCACACACAGAAGGCAGCGGUGUCACAGAACCCCUUCACAUGGCUGGCAAAAAGAAGAUGGGGAGCUCAGGACCCCUCAGGAGACUGGAUAACCCCCACUUGGGUUUGGCAUACAGAUAGUUUGUGGCCCCCACCCUUUCCCUGCCCAGCUGUGGCACCCAACCCUCCUUUCUUUAUUAGCGCAAUUGCUUAUUGUUUAUGGUCCCACAACCUCGAGGAUGGGAAGUAAUAAAUGCCAGCCUUCUCCUCUGGCUGGGUAGGAUCCUCUGCAGUGCUUGGCAGGCUGCCUGUCCCACAAAAUGUAAGGGCCUUGUUGGGUCAUGAGCCAUGGUGAGUCUGGAAGCCUUCAGGUCAAAUCCCACUCCCACCAGAAACUUAGUAGGGGUCCUGAGACACCCCACGCCCCCUCCCAACCUCAGUCGCCCUGUCUGCAGAGUGGGGAUAAUUCCACCAGCCUACCAUAUGGGAUUGUUGUAAACAUUAACUCUCUUUCUAAAUUCCGAUGCUAAACUCUUGUCAGUAAUAAUAGCAAGAACAGGAGGCAUAGCUGAGUUUUCCUUUGGGAGAAAAGGGGCUCCAGCAGAAGAGUGUGAGCAUGGCAGGGCGAGGUGUCUCUGCUCAUGCGCAGAGGGAGGCGGAGGUGGGGAGGAGGGGCUUUCCCGUCUCCCUGUAAUCUCAGAUAUUCUGGCAUUCCUACCUGGCAGAAAAGGUCCUUGGAUUGGACUGGUGCAAAGCCAUUUCAGGCCUCCAGUGCGCCCCCCCCAGCUGGUGUUUCCAUGGUUGGGCCUUGCAAAGAGUCCCCCCCUCACCAUACUCCAUGCAACUGACCAUAACUGCUCAAGAUAGCCUUAAAUAAACAAUUUGGAGUCCAGUAAAACCUGUUCAGAAUCUUAUCUUGGGGGAGGAAGGAACUGCGCAAUAGUGCUGUGUUCAGAUUUCUAACUGCCCUCUGCAUCCUCCUAAGUGGCAGUGAUAGUAAAAAAGGGAUCUCAACCUUUCUAUGUAUUUGGUGGAGAAACAAACAAGCAAACGCCAGUCAUCCAUCUGCAGCUUUCUUUGACUCAAUCUUCAGAGAGAGACUGUGUGGCAUGAACUUGAGGCCUCAAUGGUGAAUUGAAGUUUAAGGGGUAAGCUCCACAGAAGCACCAGCCCAUAAAUCAGGAGUAACCCGCUAGAUCUUCUCUGCGACUCAGUGCGCUGGGUGUUUGGAUGUGACACUAAGCCAAACUGUGUCUUAACUCCCGGUUGCACAGCAAGAGCUGGGGCAGAGCAAAAUCGCCUUGAGUCCCGUAAGGGGAAAAGGCAGGAUAUAAACUGAUUAAUCAAUUGAUAAUAAAGCAGCCACGUAUUUCUCACUGUGCCCCCAAGCACACGUGCUCAUUCUUGCUAAUUCAUAGUUUGCCUGAGCAUUACAUGCAAAUGAGACCAGUGUGUGGAGGAUGGCCGGGAAGAUCACUAGGGAAGGGAAACUGUCAAUAUUGUAAGGCCUUUAUGCAAAUCUAUUGUGUAACCGCACUUGAAAUACUGUGUACAGUUCUGGUUGCCAGGCCUCUGAAAGGAGUGUUUUAGGGACAGGUUCAGAAAAGGCAUCCGGAAGGAUGAAGGGGCUUGAGCAACACUCCUAAGAAGACAGGAUACACCACUGGGGGCUUUCUUUUGCUUAGGGGGAGAAAAGAUGAGUAAGGGGAGAUGUGACAGAGGUAUGCAAAAUUAGGCAAGGCAUCGAGAAAGGGGACGGAGAGAAGCUUUCCUCUCUCACAACGCAAGAACCCAUCUGGGAUCAUCUUAUGAAGCUGAAUGGCAAAGGAGACUCAGGGCAGACUUUUCGUUGUAAGUUACAAUAACGAUUACAAAAAUCGUAAGUGACACAAAGAUGCCUUAGUGAAAUCACAAUGCUACUGCAAUAUUCAACAGGAUCCAUUGCACUUGAAGAGGAAGGAGGUGCUUGUCCCCCAAAUGCCACCACACUCCUAGGGAGCGGGGGCUGCGGGAGCCCCCAAGUCCUGGCAUCCUGCCAGCACCACUGAUCUGACCCCCACCUUUUGGUUUCUGUGCUUUCAAGACUACAGGUUUGGAGCCCCCCUCCCCAACUCCAAGUUGGGCAAAGGUUGUGGAGCUGCUCUGAUGGAGGAGGAGGAGGAGGAGGAGGAGAGAUGGCCAGGAGGUGUCUAUUUGGGGCAUUACUAAGAGGCAUUUAAGUGACAAGGCAGAAACCCAAGGGAUGCUAUUUAUAGCCCUUGUUCUGUGGCUGCUCCUAUUAGAUAAACAGCUUCUUGGGUAUGGUUGGUGCUCAGAGCCCUUUCACCUGGGCAGGUAGCACGUCCCACUUCAAGGCAGGCAAAUGAGCCCAAAUGGGCACUGCCUGACGUCAAUCUGGAUUUAUCAGAAAGCGAUACAGCCGAGAUAAACACAUGCUUGCUCCUGGCGCAAAGGCAAACCGACACCCGGGGUCGUGCCCCAGAGCUUUGUACCCCACACAAGUCUUGUUUUCCCUCCAUCGUUAACAGGGCACUAGAGAUAUAUUUGCAACAACGACGUCUGGACUCAUACACAGCCUUCUUUCGUUCUCUUUUCCCAGGACUACAGAAAUGUAAUCAGAUAGGGUUGUGACGCUGCUGAGAUGCAGGCAACGGGCACCAUUAUUUUCAUGCUUCACCCAACUACAUUCACACCCUUGAACAACCUCAGGAGGGGAGAGAGAGGGAGAGAGACGUAAGCCCAUGGAACCACGUCUCACCCACCCACAGCAUUCUCACAGAACAUGUACAGAGAUAGGCAGUCUCUCUUUCAGUCUCUCUCUUGCACAGAAUAACACACUUCAAGGGCCAAACGGCGAGUUCUGGGGCUCAGAUUGUUCUCCUCCAGCUUUCCAUGGGGCAACUUUCCUAGGUGCCUUGUAGAAUGACAAGCUGCAGUAACAUUGGAUCUGCACUCAGCAGCAAGGUCUCUCACUGGAAGCUGCUCAUGCUCACAAGUCCAGUUAUGUGCAGAUACUGAAGCAUCACUUGCACGGUGAUUGUGGAAGGCGAACACGGAGGCCACAGGAGGUCUUGCAGACCAGAGGAGCAUCAGAGCUGCAGUGAGGACCAGACUGGUCUGAGAUGGAAGGCCAGAUGUCCUCAACCUCCUGAAGCCAGGGAGGCCAAAGUGGGUCACCCAAAAUUCAUUGCUGGAUUUUUCUGUCCAUUGCAUCAGCACAACUCAGGACUGCCUUUGUCAUUUUCAUUUAGCUUCUAGAAUAUGUCCUUUUCACACACACACACACACACACACACACACACACACACACACACACUUUUUGCUGUAAUAUUUGCCACCUUGGACAGUUUGAAUUUUAAACCCAUAGCAGCCCUUUUGCAAAUUGUUAGAUAUUUCUUGCAAAGUAAACUUGCACGGGGUGGAGGGGGGAGCACUUUUCCCAAGCAGUGUGUUACAAAAUAAUGAUGAUGAUGAUUUUUAUUGUUUUAUAAGUAAAAAUUACAGUUGUUAGGAUUAUCACAAAAUCUAAAUGUUAUCUCAAAACUCUCCCACCAAACUACCCCUCCCCCUUUGGCCCUGGUACAGUCUUAGUACGUUAAAGGAUGUUUAAAAGUUCUCAAAAUUCAUCAGACUUGUUAAAAAGAUUAUCAAGGUUAUCAGUGCUUUUUUUCCUGCAAAAAUGGGUGCUGGUACUCAGCGUGAAGUUGUUCCAGUAAGUGCCACACGUUUUAACAACAACAAGAAGAAGUGCCAGCGCUGCGUAUCCUUGAGGACCCCCUGAAAAAAGCACGGAGAGUUGUCAAAAUUGAUCAAAAGUAUAAAAAAAUACUGGGGAGGUAUUAUGAAGUAUUUCGUGCAUUCCACAUUACACCAUAUUGGGGUGUGGGGUGGUAAUACCACCCUAGAUGUUUAACUGUGAUUCUUGCAUCGCAGGGGGGUUGCCUAGAUGACUCCCUUGGGAUUCCUUCCAGUCUAUGAUUCCAUGCUGUUGGACAGCGGAACGGACUCCCCUGGAACAUGGUGGACUCUCCUUCCCUGGAGGUUUUAAAGCAGAGGUUGGCUGGCCAUUCACCAGGGAUGCUUCAGCUGAGAUUUGUGGGUUGCACUAGAUGACCCUUGGGGUCCCUUCCAAAUCAGCUCCCCCCUCUCUCUCCCCCUUUCUCUCCUCCGCAGUCUCGCCAUUGCCCUUUUUGCCUUUCCCUCAUUCAAUCCCUUCCUUACCUGCUCUAGGGAGGGGCCGGCCUGGCUCACAGCUUGCCCCCUGCAAAUAUUUGCCCAAGGUCCUUUGUCAAAGUCGCUAUUUACACUGGGCGGGCUGAGCACCACACUUGGAACAUACCUGCCAAGAAGGACUGCCCUCCCUCCUUGCCAGUGCCCUUUCCGUGCCAGCGGGUCAAAUCCCCCCCCAUGCCCAACUGACCCACCACUUCCCAGGGUGUUUCCUCCAUGAGACAACUCCUGCUGGACGCCUCUCCCUGAAGGUGACACAUCCCUGCUCUUAUCAGAAGAAUUUUGAGGGAUGGUGUGGCCAGCCACCUCCUCCUCCUCCUCCUCCCCUCCCCGCUAGAAAUCUCUCUCUGGAGCUUUGAGCUUCAAUCCAGCUUUGGUGCUGAUCGGAGGAAGGUGCGCUCCUUGACCUCUGCCUGGAAAACCCUCUGGCACCUGCCCUCCCCUUUGCCAGCGGCCCCUGGUGCCUCAACCCAUGAGACCCAAUGACUGGAGAAUGGGGGUGAGCCUCUUUGCUCUCUGCCUCUGGACGGGGCUGAUCAUGGCCUCCUCCACAGAGGGUAAGUAUUUGGGAGCACAGGAGCCUUCGGGAUGCGGAGGGUGUGGCGGGGUGGGAACUCUGCCGCUUGGGCAACCAGCUGUGUGGUGGGUGCAUCUGGGGAAGGGGUGGAGUCACAGGAGAGUCGCCAGCCCCCUUGCCAGGGCUCAACGCAUGCCAAGGCUCCUGGCAGCCCAAGCCCAGAAGCUGUCGCUCAUCCACGAAAUACCUCAAUUUUUUUUUUUAAAGAGACUUCCCUGGAGCAUGUGCAGAGUCCCAUUCCCUCCUCACAGAGAAACUUACUCUCAGUCAGACAAGGAACGUCAGGGGAGCCAGAUUGCUCUUGGGUCAGACCAAAGUUCUCUCUAGUCCAGCAUCCCAUUCCCCACAGUGGCUGACUAGACGCCCCAGUGAGAAGCCUACAAGCCAGGACAGGACAGCAGCAGCCCUCUCCUGCUGAUUUUCUCCCCACUGAUGAUGAGCGUCCUGUGGCAGACUGCCUCUCAUCCUCAUACACGACCAUUAUGGCUAUUAGCUACGGAAAGGCAUGAUUUUGUCCAACCCUCUUCCAAAGCCACCCACCUUCGUGGCUGUCACUACAUCUUGUGGGAAGGAGUCCCAUGGUUUAACCAUGUGCUGUGUGAAGAAGGACUUGCUUUUCUUUCUCUCGCUCCUCAGCUUCAUUUGAUGGCCCCGGUUGGGUUCCAGGCAGCUUUCUGUUGAUGGGUUUAUGGAGCAUUUCCCCUGAUUUGUUUGCAGGGAGAUUAGAAGGUGUUGGCUUUCUAAGGAUUAUAAAACAAGCGUUAUCACCCCAGACUUUCCAGGGCAUUUUCCUGCCACUUUCUUUUUCUAAAAGAAUAAAUAAUUGUUCAUUUAGUUUUCAAAAGUUUACCAUCAACAAUAUGUUUAAUUUAUCAGUUGACGCCCCAUCCCCCCUCCAUGAUGUUCAAUGUUCAUCCUUUAAUGCUGCAUAUUUUAACUUAUAACCACUCCAUUUUUACAUCCCAAAUUAUUAGCCUUAAUGUAUUUCUACUGUUGCUCAUAUUUCAAAUCCUGCCCAUGUUUCCAUGCAAUUUAUAAUAGUUCUUUAGAUAUUCUACAAAAGGUUUCCAAUCCUCAAAGAAUGUUUUGUCACAUUUGUUCCCUGCCACUUUCCUUACUGCAAACAUUCCCAUCUGCUGGGGAAUAAGGUUUUCUGCACAGGCGCUAUCAAUGAACUGUAAAUAGGCAAACUUGACUUGCUGGUGGACAGCUGAGGGAUCGUCUGCACUUCCGCUUUUCCCACCACUCCCCCCCCCCACCAGGGAAAACUUGCUCUUUACUGCUCAGUUGGAACAAACAUCCAUUGGGUUUUCCUCAGAUUGAUGUUUGCGCCGAUUCAGCAGUAAGGAGAAGGAAAUGGAAAACUGCUCAGACUCGUUCCUAGAAAACACGAAAGAAGCAGAGAACCUCUCGGACCCGUGCUUUGUAGGCAUGGGGCAAGUGUGGGCAAGCCCUGAAUUAUGCCUGAAUGUGUGUGGGGGGGGGGGGAGGUCCCUGUGGGCCAAAUUUGUGGGGGUGGCUGACAGUGCUGUGAGAAUGGGUGGGUGGAAACUAAGGUUCUCCCUACCUGAGUCCAUCCAGCCACAGCCACUGUCCUUCUGUUCUGCAAAUGCCAAUUUCCACCUGGUGGGCCUUCAAGUCCUGGAGUAACCACAGGAAAGAAUAAGAACUUUAUUUGUUUAUUUAAAGGUGGUUUCAGGUGAUAAAAGACACGGGCGGCAGGGGACUCACGUUGCAGCGUCCAUGCCCCCCUCCCCCCGCCUUUAUAGGCAACUGGCAGGACCCAGAUUGGGUGUUGUCACAAGUCACACCUAGUUUUAUUCUCCACAUAUCUGACAUUGAGGCAGAAAGAAUGGCUGCAGGAGGCUGAAGGCUCAGGACCUCUCAGCCGGUGGCGGUGGAGGCGGUCAGGAAGCUGGGCUAGGGCCUGGGAGAGACCAGGAUUCAAAUUCCCACUCAGCCUUGUAGCCCACUGGGCGAUCUUGGGCCAGCCACGUUCCCUCACAGCCUAACCUGCGUCAGAGUGUGUCUGUAAGGCCAAAAGGAGAGGAGGGAGGUGUGGGGUCAUCACCUUGAGCUCCUUAGAGAAAAGACAGGGUGUAAAGGCAAUAAUAAAAUGGAAAUUUGCUGCUGCCCACCCCUCCCUCGCCUGCUCGCUGCUGCCCACCCGCUCUCCCUCCUCCCUGUCCCCCUUGUACCUUCAUCUGGGGCCUCCUCCUCCUCCUCCUCUGUCUUGGAAGAAGCUGUGCCCGCCUGCACAGCCUCCUCCACCAGUGCCACAAAUAUGCCACGAGUGGCAACGUGCGGGUCAAGUAAGUUUUCCUUCUGUUUUUUGGUCCCAUUCUCUGGUGUGACCAGAGCACGGGAGCCAAAACAAGACAUCCAGGAUUGGAAUUGGAAGCCAGUGAGGCUCCUGUCAGCCUGGGGUGCCCCGCUUAACACGGGACAGUUGUGCAGUAUGAAUUCGGGUUUUUCAUGGAUUGCUGUCUGUUCCGAUUUAGAGCUAAAGAGUGGGUUUUCUCUGGGAAAGGAGUGGGGCCUGUGCUUGUUCUUAACGAGGUCUUUAAUUAUUGGAUUUGUAUCUGGCACUUCCUCUGGAAAGAGGCCAGGGUGGCAAGAGACAGAGAUCAAGCAGAGCGAGAGCUCCAGGAGGCGCUUGGGUCUGGAGGCACAUUCUCAGAAACAGGCAGACAAGGCCAUCGAUUUCCACAUUUGGUCUCCACAGGAUAUGUGACCAGAGUGUUCAGUUUCCCCCUCACACACUUUAAACAGUAGCUGUAAAGUGUUCAUAGCUUCUUUUAGCUUGGCAAUUGGAAUAACAGAAUUUUAGGAUUGGAAGAGGUCAUCUAGUGAAACCCUACAGAGGGAGACCUGCCAUUCAUGAGUCCUGAAGCAGUUGCUUUUUCCCUGACAAGGGGGCAGCCCCUUCUUUGCUUGAUAUCCCUCCAGUGACUGGGAGCCCACCAUCACCACUUGAGGCACUCAAUAUUCCCCUGCCAAGCAGCUCAUGCCAUUGGGAAGCUCCUGCUCUUGUUCAACCAGAAUCUGCCAUUUCCCUGCCAAUUCCACCCACUGGUACUAGUCCUGUCCUUCUGGAAGGGCAGAAAACACGAGUCUGCGCCAUCUUUUCUAUGGCACCCCUGUAAGCAUUAUGAGACUGCUGUCACCAUGAGUCCCUUUCACCUUCCCUUUGCCAGGGGCCAACCUAACCAGUUCUUCCAGUCAAUCCCUGUAGAAUCAUAAAUUCUAAGGUUUGGAAGGGAUCCUGAGAGCCAUCCAGUCCACCCCCUGCGAUGCAGGAAUCCUUUGCCCAACGUGGGGCUUGAACCCAUAACCCUGAGAUGAAGAGUCUCAUGCUCUACCGACUGAGCCAUGGUCUUUGUUUCCAUCCUGGUCACCUUCAACUUUGUCCUUCUUAAAAGGUGGCACCCAGAACCAGACACAGCCUGACAAUCAUAGAAUAGAGUGGAUCUAUUGCUUCUUCUGGUCUGGACUUGUUAUGAUAUUGUGAGCGCCUGUUUAUGUCGUCUUUGAUUGUGUUAGCUUUUUACGCAGCUGCUUCACAUUGCUGGCUUAGAGUUAGCUUGUGAGAAACCAAUGAGACACCUAGAUCCCUUUCACACGUUCUGCUGCCAAGCCAGGUCCACCCUCCAUCCCAUACUUGUGUCCUUGAUUCAGAAGCGUUAGUGCUUCUGUAUGUGGAGGCAGAGCCAAGCCAUCUUGGCUAGUAGCCUUUGAUAACCCUCUUCUUCAUGAAUUUGCCCUGUCCUCUUUUAAAGCCAUCCAAGUUGGUGGCCAUACCAGCCUCCUGUGGGAGGGAGUUCCACAGUUUAACUCCGUGCUGUGUAAUAAAAAAUAACAAAAUUUAUCUGUCCUAAAUCUUCCAACAUUCAGCUUCUUUGGAUGUCCACGGGUUCAAGUAUUAAGAGAGGUGGAGAAAAACUUUCCUCUAUCCAAUUUCUUUAUGCCAUGCAUGAUUCGUACAAACUUCUAUUAUGUUGCCUCUUACUCACCUUUUCUAAACUAAAAAGUCCCUUUCUUCAUAGGGACUUUUCACUCCAUCCCUUUGAUUGUUUCCGUCGCCUUUGUCUGAACCUUUUCCAAAUCUACCAUACCAUACUUGAGGUGAUAAGAACUGUACACAGUAGUCCAAAAGGGGUCAAAUAAUAAAAGAAUUGGAUGGGACCCUAGGACUCUGCAAGGCAGGAAUCACAACGAAAGCGUCCAUGACAGAUGGCCACCCAACCUCUGCUUAAAAGCCUCUAAAGAAGGGGAGUCCACACCUCCCAAUGGAGCCCGUUCCACAGUUGACAAGCUCUUACCAACAGAUAGUUUUUCCUAAUGUUUGAUUGGAAUCUCCUUUUUUGUAACUUUAAUCUAUUGAUUUGGGUCCUCCUCUCUGCAGCAGAAAACAAGCUUUAGGUAUUUGAAGAUGGCUACCAUAUCUGCUCCCAAUCUCCUCUUUUCCAGAGUAAACAUACAUAACUCGUCUCCUCCUUCUGUAGGGAGUAGCAGGCUGCUUGGAGCGUCCUGGGGUCUGCUUCUGUUGUUCUUGUGUCUUUCCCUCUUGUUUAUUGGAGCUUAUUUUGAAGUUGCUGGGAUAAGUUACCAAGGCCAGAAUCUUAUGGUUUGAGUACUUCCUACUCCUUCCUCCCAGCUUGUCAUCUCUAGGCUGCAAAUCCCUUUCUCUACUGUCAUCUCCACAGAAGGUAGCAAGGGCAUUAGCAUACUCAUCCACGGUCAGUAGCCUUGGAUCUGAUGGGGUUAGAUUAAGAAUGGAAAAAGACUCCUCCGAAUCCAUCUCCUCCUGUCUCUUUCUCCUCUGGGGGAUGACAAUAAUCGUUCUGUGCGCUGUAGCUUUCACACCCACCUUCGUGUCUUCUGACAACUGCUGUCCUAGCUCUUCUGGCCCAGAAUCAGUGUCCAAGGUGAGAGCAUGGAAGCGAUUUUGCAACUCUAAGACCAAGUGUGGUUUGUGACUGUCCUACUUCUGUGCGUCACAUUCCUCCAGGGGUUAGACUCUUGCAAUGGACAAUCUUUUUUUUUUUUUUUAAAUAUUUAUUCAAAAUUUCAUCAAUACAUAAAAAACAUCCCCAACCCUAACCCCAAAGAGAAAAAAGAAAAAAUAAUAAAGUAAGAAAAAAAGAAAAAAAGAAAAUACAUAUUUCAAAUUUCGACUUUUCAUUUGCUUGAUUCUUGAACCUCCUCACACCUCCCUUUUCGUAUUCUAGUUUAAUUCGUUAUUUCAGCAAAUUCUUCCCAUAUUUCUCAAUUUUAAUUUAAAUAAUUAAUCUUCACAAUCUAUCUUAUUUGUUAUUCAACGUAACCUUUCCCUCUUUUAAUAUAAUCUGUUAUUCAAUUUGCCUUAAUCUUUAACCUUAUCUUGUCUUAAAAAUCUUAAAAUUUCGAAAUCACAUCACAUUCAUACAUUACUCCUUAAAAUCAUUUCUACUAAAGCCAAUUUGGUUCCUUUCCAGCAUAUUCCCUCAAAUUUCAUUAAUAUUAGACAAAUUUCAUUGAUAUUAAACUAAUUCCAAAAUUAACAUAAAAAUUUCUAUGAUUUUCAUCCAACAUCCCAUCUUCCUGGUUUCGGUCAUAUCAGUCCUUUCUGUCCGUUACAUAGUCCAUCAAUCUGGUUUUCUGAUGUCCGAGGCCCUUAAAUCUCUUCUAGGUCCCUUCUGCAAAUUUUUUUGUUCUUGUUUGUGCUUACGCAGUUCUUUGUCUAUUGUUGGUUUCUGGGGGAGUGGGUCUCCGGAGGGUUCCAUCCAGUGGUAAUUUCCAUUUUCCUUCAUUAUAUUGUCCCCUUCCCCCCAGUCCCACUCCCAAUCUUCAUCUUUGUAGUCCAAAAAGUAUGUAUCCAGAAGAUAGUUAUUCACCUGUUUCACAGUCACACUGGAGUUAAAAGCUUCCUUAACUUCAAAUGCUUCCCAGCACUCUCCAAAAUCAAUCUUCCAACGCAGUAGCUUUUGUUCCUGGAAAACUUUGGGUCUUUCCAUUUGUGUUGUGUAAUAGAUAGCUACUGCCUCUUCCUCCUCUAUCUGCCCUUGGACUUGCCUUGUCAAGCCAGGUUCAUCCUUAUUCCCUGUUAUAUCAUGUUGGCUGGUCACAGCACUCAUAAAAUCCAGUUUUUCAUUCAUCAGACUCAUUUUCUCGUGCAGCUGCUCCAGCAAAACAUUAGUCCUACCAAGGGCAGACACCAAACCUUCCUGCCAAUACAUUUCUAUUCCAGAACAAGGUCAAACGGCUGUUCCCACGAUCCAAAUCUCACAUAUGCAAACUGCGACCGCAAACUGACAGGCUCCCUCUAGGGGACACAAUUUCUGUUUGUAUCCAUUGGGUUUUUUUUUUUGAAGAAAGUAUCCAACAAAGAAAGUUACUUUCAAUUUCAGGUCCUUUCAAUUUCAAAUACUUUGUUUCUUUAAAGAGCAAAAAUGCAGAAGGUAGCGUUGAAGUUAAUUUGUUUCUUCUUUUUUUUUAACUAUUUGUCAAAAGUACUCCACUUUCAAUCAAUGGACAUCUCAAGCAGUUUCUAUCCCAACACCCCGUCCCCAGGUUUGGGACGGUGGAAUCAUAGAAUCAUAGAAUCAUAGAAUCAUAGAAUCAUAGAGUUGGAAGAGACCACAAGGGCCAUCGAGUCCAACCCCCUGCCAAGCAGGAAACACCAUCAGAGCACUCCUGACAUGUGGUUGUCAAGCCUCUGCUUAAAGACCUCCAAAGAAGGAGACUCCACCACACUCCUUGGCAGCAAAUUCCACUGUCAAACAGCUCUUACUGUCAGGAAGUUCUUCCUAAUGUUUAGGUGGAAUCUUCUUUCUUGUAGUUUGGAUCCAUUGCUCCGUGUCCGCUUCUCUGGAGCAGCAGAAAACAACCUUUCUCCCUCCUCUAUGUGACAUCCUUUGAUAUAUUUGAACAUGGCUAUCAUAUCACCCCUUAACCUCCUCUUCUCCAGGCUAAACAUGCCCAGCUCCCUUAGCCGUUCCUCAUAAGGCAUCGUUUCCAGGCCUUUGACCAUUUUGGUUGCCCUCCUCUGGACACGUUCCAGUUUGUCAGUGUCCUUCUUGAACUGUGGUGCCCAGAACUGGACACAGUACUCCAGGUGAGGUCUGACCAGAGCAGAAUACAGUGGCACUAUUACUUCCCUUGAUCUAGAUGCUAUACUCCUAUUGAUGCAGCCCAGAAUUGCAUUGGCUUUUUAGCUGCCGCGUCACACUGUUGGCUCAUGUCAAGUUUGUGGUCAACCAAGACUCCUAGAUCCUUUUCACAUGUACUGCUCUCAAGCCAGGUGUCCCCAUCUUGUAUUUGUGCCUCUCAUUUUUUUGCCCAAGUGCAAUACUUUACAUUUCUCCCUGUUAAAAUUCAUCUUGUUUGUUUUGGCCCAGUUCUCUAAUCUGUCAAGGUCGUUUUGAAGUGUGAUCCUGUCCUCUGGGGUGUUAAAUUUAGAUUCCUUUUCUCACUUCCUGCAGGAUUAAGCUGUCAAAUCCCCCCCCCUUCUCCUGCUUCCAAGGGGGUUUUGUUGGUUAUGGGUGCAUGAAAUUUCCAACUUUAAAAGAACUUUUCAGGCUAUUAGGUUCAAGCUGUAUACAAGGAUGGGAGGCGGACUUCCUGUUUACACCUUCCCGCUUCGUGCCUAAUUUCAUAAAUUAAAAAAUUUCUUAGUCCAAUUCUCCGUUUUUACUCACGGGUACUUGAUUUAGAGUCCAAAUGUCAUCAGGAAAAAGUCAGCGCUCUCCGGCGAUGGCUGCGCGGCUUCCCUCCAUGGAAAUAGCAAUCAGUUCGCAGCACCGCGCUACUCCACCCGCUUCACUCCGGAGCCCCGAAAAUGGGUUUCCUCGUGAGUAGGGGAGGCGCUUUUGGUGCUCUGCCGAACCCCACGUUCCCAGGCUUCUCCCGCCUGGGAUUUCUAAAGGGCCCCCGCCUUCGCCGCGGCGGGAAGACCCAGUUUCCACAGAGACCGUUCCUCCGGUCGGAGGAACUCCGCCAUUCACCGAUGGCGCUGACCCGGAAGUCCGCAAUGGACAAUCUUUUCCCACUUGGGGACACUGCAUCUCUCUUGGUGCUCAAUCUCAGUCAACUCAGAUCUAUCAAGUAACUCUGCAUGUUGUCCUGUUGCUUGAGGUGUGGCUGGGCGGGCCUCAAGUUGCUGCAACUUCUCUUCCAGCCAGACAACCAGCUUGCACUUGCUACAAGUGUACUGUUUCUUGUUCUCUGGCAGAAUGACAAACAUGGCACAGGUGUAACAGGUCACUUCAGCAGCUCCCUUGCCCUCCAUGUCUCUGGUCCUGCGUACAUCAAGAGGCAGAACUCUGGGCCUCCCCCUUAACCUCCCCUGCUAAAUGCCCUUGCAAACACCCCUGUUUGCGAGGUCUGGUUGCAAGCUCUGGUCACAAGCUCCUAGGAUCUGCACUGGGCUAACUUUGACUGCUGCUGGUUGCUAGCUCCUACCUCAGCCUCCCUCCCUCGAGGAAUAGUACACAAGAAGAGACCUCAAAUGAGCCCACAGAGACAUCCAGUUCUUCCACCAAUGAGCAGCCAUCCACAAAUGAGAUGUCUUCUCAGUCAACAUUGUCUGUCACUUCCAGUAAGCUAACUACAGAGAUUCCAAACACAACUGUUGAGACUGUGGGAAAUUGCAGUUAAAUAUAACAAGCAGGUCUGGGCUACCUAAUAUUUAAUACGACCACGGAAUUGUAUCCUUAGACUUGUUUGGGUCAUGUCCCAUUACCUCCGGAAAAGGAGGAUAUGAAACUUCUUUCUUCACUCGGUCUACUAUGUGAGCUCAGGAACAAAUGGAGGUCUGACCUGGUGCUCCAUGCUCACACUGCGUCCUUAUAAACAUUUUUCUACAUAGUGUAACUCAAGAUGUUCUACCUGUGUUUACUUGUUCCUCCUUGGCUGAAGGCGUGAAGAUGACCUUUGAAGUAUUUCUAGGAAAGCUGUUUUAAACUUACUGUGGUCUGUUUAUUACAAAAGGGGUAGAAAUGGCGCAGUGCUAUAAGCAAACUAAAUGAGAUACUGAAGUGGUAUAGAAGCCUAUAUUCCGCUGCAUGAUUCUAUGUUUUAAACUAUGCUGGGGGCUAUCUCCUACUGGGGAGUGAGUUGAGGCCUGCACGUUGGAUAUACUGAUUUAGGCAAUUCAUUUAUUAAUUAAUCCACAAAGAGAAGUAAUUGAUGGAACUAUUUUACAUCCACAGAGACAGUGUUUUCAGUCUCCAGUGACUUGACUCCAACCAUAACAAGUGAUACGACAACUAGCUCUCCAUCUGCGACUUCUUUUACAUCCAGUAAUCAGCCUUCUGACACAACUACACCGACCCUAUCCUCAAUUACCAACACACCCACUGACCAUUUCUCGCAUGCUACACCAAAAGAUACUUCAACUGAGUCUCCAUUGAUGCCUAGUUCUUCCACCAUUGAGCAACCAUCCACAAAGGAGUUUUCACAGUCAAGCAUGUCAAUCUCCUCCAGUGACUUGAAGACAGAAAUUCCAAAAACAACAAAUAAUACGACAACGGGUUCUUCACCUACGACUCCUUUUACAUCUAUUCAUCAGCCUUCUCUAACAACUACACUCACCCUAUCCUCAAGUAACAACAUACACACUGACCAUUUCUCGCAUACUAAACCAAUUGAGACUUCAAUUGAGCCAGCAGUGAAGUCUAGUUCUUCCACCAUUGAACAACCAUCCACAACAGAGGUGUCUUCUCAGUCCACAUUCACUACCUCCUCCAGGGAGCAUAGUACUGAAACUACAGUUACAACAAGUGAGAUUACAACCCCAACCCCAUCCAAGACCGCUUCUACACCCAGUCCUGAGCCUACUGAGACAACUGCACCCAGCCUAUCCACAAGAACAAACACACCCGCUGAAUACCUGAAGCAGACUACACCACACGGGACCUCAUCUGAGUACACAGGGACGUCUAAUUCUUCCACCACUACACAACCAUCCACAACAGAGGUGUCUUCUCAGUCAACAUUCUCUGCCUCCUCCAGUGAGGUGACUUCUGAAUCUCCAACCACAACUAGUGAGACUACAACACCUAAUCCCUCCAAGAACCCUUCUACAUCCAGUCCUGAGCCUUCAGAGACAACUGCAACGAGCCUAUCCACAAGCAUAAACACACCCACUGAGCACGUGGAGCAGACUACACCACAAGGGACCUCAUCUGAGUACACAGUGAAGUCUAGUUCUUCCACCACUGAGCAAUCAUCCACAAAACAGCUUUCUUCUCAGUCAACAUUGUCAGUUUCCUCCAGUGAGGUGACUUCUGAAACUACAGUUACAACAAGUGAGACUACAACACCUACUCCCUCCAAGACCCCUUCUACACCCAGUUCUGAGCCUUCUGAGACAAUUGCACCCUUCCUAUCAUCAAGAGCAAACACACCCACUGAGCACAUGAAGCAGACUACCUCAGAAGGAACCUCAUCUGAGUACACAGUGAUGUCUAGUUCUUCCACCGCUGAACAACCAUCCACAACAGAGGUGUCUUUUCAGUCCACAUUCACUACCUCCUCCAGUGAGCAUAGUACUGAAACUACAGUUACAACAAGUGAGAUUACAACACCUACUCCCUCCAAGACCCCUUCUAAACCCAGUCCUGAGCCUACUGAGACAACUGCACCCAGCCUAUCCGCAGGAACAAACACACCCGCUGGAUACCUGAAGCAGACUACACCACACGGGACCUCAUCUGAGUACACAGUGAAGUCUAGUUCUUCCACCACUGAACAAUCAUCCACAACAGAGGUGUCUUCUCAGAAAACACUCCCUGCAACCUCCAGUGAGAUGACUUCUGAAACUCCAGUAACAACUAGUGAGACUACAACACCAACCUCAUCCAAGACCCCUUCUACACCCAGUCCUGAGCCUACUGAGACAACUGCACCCAGCCUAUCCGCAGGAACAAACACACCCGCUGAACACCUGAAGCCGACUACACCACACGGGACCUCAUCUGAGUACACAGUGAAGUCUAGUUCUUCCACCACUGAACAACCAUCCACAACAGAGGUGUCUUCUCAGUCCACAUUCACUACCUCCUCCAGGGAGCAUAGUACUGAAACUACAGUUACAACAAGUGAGAUUACAACACCUACUCCCUCCAAGACCGCUUCUACACCCAGUCCUGAGCCUACUGAGACAACUGCACCCAGCCUAUCCACAAGCAUAAACACACCCACUGAGCACGUGGAGCAGACUACACCACAUGGGACCUCAUCUGAGUACACAGUGAAGUCUAGUUCUUCCAGCACUGAACAACCAUCCACAACAGAGGUGUCUUCUCAGUCCACGUUCAUUACCUCCUCCAGUGAGCAUAGUACUGAAACUACAGUUACAACAAGAGAGAUUACAACACCUACUCCCUCCCAGACCCCUUCUACACCCAGUCCUGAGCCUACUGAGACAACUGCACCCAGCCUAUCCACAAGAACAAACACACCUGCUGAACACCUGAAGCCGACUACACCACAUGGGACCUCAUCUGAGUACACAGGGAAGUCUAGUUCUUCCACCACUGAACAACCAUCCACAACAGAGGUGUCUUCUCAGUCCACAUUCCCUACCUCCUCCAGUGAGCAUAAUACUGAAACUCCAGUAACAACUAGUGAGACUACAACACCUACCCCAUCCAAGACCCCUUCUACACCCAGUCCUGAGCCUACUGAGACAACUGCACCCAGCCUAUCCACAAGCAUAAACACACCCACUGAGCACGUGGAGCAGACUACACCACACGGGACCUCAUCUGAGUACACAGUGAAGUCUAGUUCUUCCACCACUGAACAACCAUCCACAACAGAGGUGUCUUCUCAGUCCACAUUCACUACCUCCUCCAGUGAGCAUAGUACUGAAACUACAGUUACAACAAGUGAGAUUACAACACCUACCCCAUCCAAGACCCCUUCUACACCCAGUCCUGGGCCUACUGAGACAACCGCACCCAGCCAAUCCACAAGAACAAACACACCUGCUGAACACCUGAAGCCGACUACACCACACGGGACCUCAUCUGAGUACACAGUGAAGUCUAGUUCUUCCAACACUGAACAACCAUCCACAACAGAGGUGUCUUCUCAGUCCACAUUUACUACCUCCUCCAGGGAGCAUAGUACUGAAACUAAAGUUACAACAAGUGAGAUUACAACACCUACCCCAUCCAAGACCCCUUCUACACCCAGUCCUGAGCCUACUGAGACAACUGCACCCAGCCUAUCCACAGGAACAAACACACCCGCUGAACACCUGAAGCAGACUACACCACACGGGACCUCAUCUGAGUACACAGUGAAGUCUAGUUCUUCCACCACUGAACAACCAUCCACAACAGAGGUGUCUUCUCAGUCCACAUUCACUACCUCCUCCAGGGAGCAUAGUACUGAAACUCCAGUUACAACAAGUGAGAAUACAAGACCUACUCCCUCCAAGACCGCUUCUACACCCAGUCCUGAGCCUACUGAGACAACUGCACCCAGCCUAUCCACAAGCAUAAACACACCCACUGAGCACGUGGAGCAGACUACACCACAUGGGACCUCAUCUGAGUACACAGUGAAGUCUAGUUCUUCCACCACUGAACAACCAUCCACAACAAAGGUGUCUUCUCAGUCCACGUUCAUUACCUCCUCCAGUGAGCAUAGUACUGAAACUACAGUUACAACAAGAGAGAUUACAACACCUACUCCCUCCCAGACCCCUUCUACACCCAGUCCUGAGCCUACUGAGACAACUGCACCCAGCCUAUCCACAAGAACAAACACACCCGCUGAACACCUGAAGCCGACUACACCACACGGGACCUCAUCUGAGUACACAGUGAAGUCUAGUUCUUCCACCACUGAACAACCAUCCACAACAGAGGUGUCUUCUCAGUCCACAUUCCCUACCUCCUCCAGUGAGCAUAAUACUGAAACUCCAGUAACAACUAGUGAGACUACAACACCUACUCCCUCCAAGACCCCUUCUACACCCAGUCCUGAGCCUACUGAGACAACUGCACCCAGCCUAUCCACAAGCAUAAACACACCCACUGAGCACGUGGAGCAGACUACACCACACGGGACCUCAUCUGAGUACACAGUGAAGUCUAGUUCUUCCACCACUGAACAACCAUCCACAACAGAGGUGUCUUCUCAGUCCACGUUCAUUAACUCCUCCAGUGAGCAUAGUACUGAAACUACAGUUACAACAAGAGAGAUUACAACACCUACUCCCUCCCAGACCCCUUCUACACCCAGUCCUGGGCCUACUGAGACAACUGCACCCAGCCAAUCCACAAGAACAAACACACCUGCUGAACACCUGAAGCCGACUACACCACACGGGACCUCAUCUGAGUACACAGUGAAGUCUAGUUCUUCCACCACUGAACAACCAUCCACAACAGAGGUGUCUUCUCAGUCCACAUUCACUACCUCCUCCAGGGAGCAUAGUACUGAAACUAAAGUUACAACAAGUGAGAUUACAACACCAACCCCAUCCAAGACCCCUUCUACACCCAGUCCUGAGCCUACUGAGACAACUGCACCCAGCCUAUCCACAGGAACAAACACACCCGCUGAACACCUGAAGCAGACUACACCACACGGGACCUCAUCUGAGUACACAGUGAAGUCUAGUUCUUCCACCACUGAACAACCAUCCACAACAGAGGUGUCUUCUCAGUCCACAUUCCCUACCUCCUCCAGUGAGCAUAAUACUGAAACUCCAGUAACAACUAGUGAGACUACAACACCAACCCCAUCCAAGACCCCUUCUACACCCAGUCCUGAGCCUACUGAGACAACUGCACCCAGCCUAUCCACAAGAACAAACACACCCGCUGAACACCUGAAGCAGACUACACCACAAGGGACCUCAUCUGAGUACACAGUGAAGUCUAGUUCUUCCACCACUGAACAACCAUCCAAAGCAGAGGUGUCUUCUCAGAAAACACUCCCUGCAACCUCCAGUGAGAUGACUUCUGAAACUCCAUUAACAACUAGUGAGACUACAACACCAACCCCAUCCAAGACCCCUUCUACACCCAGUCCUGAGCCUACUGAGACAACUGCACCCAGCCUAUCCACAGGAACAAACACACCCGCUGAACACCUGAAGCAGACUACACCACACGGGACUUCACCUGACUACACAGUGGUGUCUAAUUCUUCCACCACUGAACAACCAUCCACAACAGAGGUGUCUUCUCAGUCCACAUUCACUACCUCCUCCAGUGAGCAUAGUACUGAAACUCCAGUAACAACAAGUGAGAUUACAACACCUACUCCCUUCAAGACCGCUUCUACACCCAGUCCUGAGCCUACUGAGACAACUGCACCCAGCCUAUCCACAAGCAUAAACACACCCACUGAGCACGUGGAGCAGACUACACUACGAGGGACCUCAUCUGAGUACACAGUGAAGUCUAGUUCUUCCACCACUGAACAACCAUCCACAACAAAGGUGUCUUCUCAGUCCACGUUCAUUACCUCCUCCAGUGAGCAUAGUACUGAAACUACAGUUACAACAAGAGAGAUUACAACACCUACUCCCUCCCAGACCCCUUCUACACCCAGUCGUGGGCCUACUGAGACAACUGCACCCAGUCUAUCCACAGGAACAAACACACCCGCUGGAUACCUGAAGCCGACUACACCACAUGGGACCUCAUCUGAGUACACAGUGAAGUCUAGUUCUUCCACCACUGAACAACCAUCCACAACAGAGGUGUCUUCUCAGUCCACAUUUACUACCUCCUCCAGGGAGCAUAGUACUGAAACUAAAGUUACAACAAGUGAGAUUACAACACCAACCCCAUCCAAGACCCCUUCUACACCCAGUCCUGAGCCUACUGAGACAACUGCACCCAGCCUAUCCACAGGAAAAAACACACCCGCUGAACACCUGAAGCAGACUACACCACACGGGACCUCAUCUGAGUACACAGUGAAGUCUAGUUCUUCCACCACUGAACAACCAUCCACAACAGAGGUGUCUUCUCACUCCACAUUCACUACCUCCUCCAGGGAGCAUAGUACUGAAACUACAGUUACAACAGGUGAGAUUACAACCCCAACCCCAUCCAAGACCCCUUCUACACCCAGUCCUGAGCCUACUGAGACAACUGCACCCAGCCCAUCCACAGGAACAAACACACCCGCUGGAUACCUGAAGCAGACUACACCACACGGGACCUCAUCUGAGUACACAGUGAAGUCUAGUUCUUCCACCACUGAACAACCAUCCACAACAGAGGUGUCUUCUCAGAAAACACUCCCUGCAACCUCCAGUGAGAUGACUUCUGAAACUCCAGUAACAACUAGUGAGACUACAACACCAACCCCAUCCAAGACCCCUUCUACACCCAGUCCUGAGCCUACUGAGACAACUGCACCCAGCCUAUCCACAGGAACAAACACACCCGCUGAACACCUGAAGCAGACUACACCACACGGGACCUCAUCUGAGUACACAGUGAAGUCUAGUUCUUCCACCACUGAACAACCAUCCACAACAGAGGUGUCUUCUCAGUCCACAUUCCCUACCUCCUCCAGUGAGCAUAUUACUGAAACUCCAGUAACAACUAGUGAGACUACAACACCUACUCCCUCCAAGACCCCUUCUACACCCAGUCCUGAGCCUACUGAGACAACUGCACCCAGCCUAUCCACAAGCAUAAACACACCCACUGAGCACGUGGAGCAGACUACACCACACGGGACCUCAUCUGAGUACACAGUGAAGUCUAGUUCUUCCACCACUGAACAACCAUCCACAACAGAGGUGUCUUCUCAGUCCACGUUCAUUACCUCCUCCAGUGAGCAUAGUACUGAAACUACAGUUACAACAAGAGAGAUUACAACACCUACUCCCUCCCAGACCCCUUCUACACCCAGUCCUGGGCCUACUGAGACAACUGCACCCAGCCAAUCCACAAGAACAAACACACCUGCUGAACACCUGAAGCCGACUACACCACACGGGACCUCAUCUGAGUACACAGGGAAGUCUAGUUCUUCCACCACUGAACAACCAUCCACAACAGAGGUGUCUUCUCAGUCCACAUUUACUACCUCCUCCAGGGAGCAUAGUACUGAAACUAAAGUUACAACUAGUGAGAUUACAACACCAACCCCAUCCAAGACCCCUUCUACACCCAGUCCUGAGCCUACUGAGACAACUGCACCCAGCCUAUCCACAGGAAAAAACACACCCGCUGAACACCUGAAGCAGACUACACCACACGGGACCUCAUCUGAGUACACAGUGAAGUCUAGUUCUUCCACCACUGAACAGCCAUCCAAAACAGAGGUGUCUUCUCAGAAAACACUCCCUGCAACCUCCAGUGAGAUAACUUCUGAAACUCCAGUAACAACUAGUGAGACUACAACACCUACCCCAUCCAAGACCCCUUCUACACCCAGUCCUGAGCCUACUGAGACAACUGCACCCAGCCUAUCCACAGGAAAAAACACACCCGCUGAACACCUGAAGCAGACUACACCACACGGGACCUCAUCUGAGUACACAGUGAAGUCUAGUUCUUCCACCACUGAACAACCAUCCACAACAGAGGUAUCUUCUCAGUCCACAUUCACUACCUCCUCCAGGGAGCAUAGUACUAAAGUUCCAGUAACAACUAGUGAGACUACAACACCAACCCCAUCCAAGACCCCUUCUACACCCAGUCCUGAGCCUACUGAGACAACUGCACCCAGCCUAUCCACAAGCAUAAACACACCCACUGAGCACGUGGAGCAGACUACACCACACGGGACCUCAUCUGAGUACACAGUGAAGUCUAGUUCUUCCACCACUGAACAACCAUCCACGAAACAACUUUUUUCUCAGUCCACAUUCACUACCUCCUCCAGGGAGCAUAGUACUGAAACUAAAGUUACAACAAGUGAGAUUACAACCCCUACCCCAUCCAAGACCCCUUCUACACCCAGUCCUGAGCCUACUGAGACAACUGCACCCAGCCUAUCCACAAGCAUAAACACACCCACUGAGCACGUGGAGCAGACUACACCACACGGGACCUCAUCUGAGUACACAGUGAAGUCUAGUUCUUCCACCACUGAACAACCAUCCACAACAGAGGUGUCUUCUCAGUCCACAUUCACUACCUCCUCCAGGGAGAAUAGUACUGAAACUCCAGUAACAACUAGUGAGACUACAACACCAACCCCAUCCAAGACCCCUUCUACACCCAGUCCUGAGCCUACUGAGACAACUGCACCCAGCCCAUCCACAGGAACAAACACACCCGCUGGAUACCUGAAGCAGACUACACCACACGGGACCUCAUCUGAGUACACAGUGAAGUCUAGUUCUUCCACCACUGAACAAUCAUCCACAACAGAGGUGUCUUCUCAGAAAACACUCCCUGCAACCUCCAGUGAGAUGACUUCUGAAACUCCAGUAACAACUAGUGAGACUACAACACCUACCCCAUCCAAGACCCCUUCUACACCCAGUCCUGAGCCUACUGAGACAACUGCACCCAGCCUAUCCACAAGCAUAAACACACCCACUGAGCACGUGGAGCAGACUACACCACACGGGACCUCAUCUGAGUACACAGUGAAGUCUAGUUCUUCCACCACUGAACAACCAUCCACAACAGAGGUGUCUUCUCAGUCCACAUUCACUACCUCCUCCAGUGAGCAUAGUACUGAAACUACAGUUACAACAAGUGAGAUUACAACACCUACUCCCUCCAAGACCCCUUCUACACCCAGUCCUGGGCCUACUGAGACAACUGCACCCAGCCAAUCCACAAGAACAAACACACCUGCUGAACACCUGAAGCAGACUACACCACACGGGACCUCAUCUGAGUACACAGUGAAGUCUAGUUCUUCCACCACUGAACAACCAUCCACAACAGAGGUGUCUUCUCAGUCCACAUUCACUACCUCCUCCAGGGAGCAUAGUACUGAAACUAAAGUUACAACUAGUGAGAUUACAACACCAACCCCAUCCAAGACCCCUUCUACACCCAGUCCUGAGCCUACUGAGACAACUGCACCCAGCCUAUCCACAGGAAAAAACACACCCGCUGAACACCUGAAGCAGACUACACCACACGGGACCUCAUCUGAGUACACAGUGAAGUCUAGUUCUUCCACCACUGAACAGCCAUCCAAAACAGAGGUGUCUUCUCAGUCCACAUUCACUACCUCCUCCAGGGAGAAUAGUACUGAAACUCCAGUAACAACUAGUGAGACUACAACACCAACCCCAUCCAAGACCCCUUCUACACCCAGUCCUGAGCCUACUGAGACAACUGCACCCAGCCUAUCCACAAGCAUAAACACACCCACUGAGCACGUGGAGCAGACUACACCACACGGGACCUCAUCUGAGUACACAGUGAAGUCUAGUUCUUCCACCACUGAACAACCAUCCACAACAGAGGUGUCUUCUCAGUCCACAUUCACUACCUCCUCCAGGGAGCAUAGUACUGAAACUACAGUUACAACAAGUGAGAUUACAACACCUACUCCCUCCAAGACCCCUUCUACACCCAGUCCUGAGCCUACUGAGACAACUGCACCCAGCCUAUCCACAAGAACAAACACACCCGCUGAACACCUGAAGCAGACUACACCACACGGGACCUCAUCUGAGUACACAGUGAAGUCUAGUUCUUCCACCACUGAACAGCCAUCCAAAACAGAGGUGUCUUCUCAGAAAACACUCCCUGCAACCUCCAGUGAGAUAACUUCUGAAACUCCAGUAACAACUAGUGAGACUACAACACCUACCCCAUCCAAGACCCCUUCUACACCCAGUCCUGAGCCUACUGAGACAACUGCACCCAGCCUAUCCACAGGAAAAAACACACCCGCUGAACACCUGAAGCAGACUACACCACACGGGACCUCAUCUGAGUACACAGGGAAGUCUAGUUCUUCCACCACUGAACAACCAUCCACAACAGAGGUAUCUUCUCAGUCCACAUUCACUACCUCCUCCAGGGAGCAUAGUACUAAAGUUCCAGUAACAACUAGUGAGACUACAACACCAACCCCAUCCAAGACCCCUUCUACACCCAGUCCUGAGCCUACUGAGACAACUGCACCCAGCCUAUCCACAAGCAUAAACACACCCACUGAGCACGUGGAGCAGACUACACCACACGGGACCUCAUCUGAGUACACAGUGAAGUCUAGUUCUUCCACCACUGAACAACCAUCCACGAAACAACUUUUUACUCAGUCCACAUUCACUACCUCCUCCAGGGAGCAUAGUAUUGAAACUACAGUUACAACAAGUGAGAUUACAAUACCUACUCCCUCCAAGACCGCUUCUACACCCAGUCCUGAGCCUACUGAGACAACUGCACCCAGCCUAUCCACAAGCAUAAACACACCCACUGAGCACGUGGAGCAGACUACACCACAUGGGACCUCAUCUGAGUACACAGGGAAGUCUAGUUCUUCCACCACUGAACAACCAUCCACAACAGAGGUGUCUUCUCAGUCCACAUUCCCUACCUCCUCCAGUGAGCAUAAUACUGAAACUCCAGUAACAACUAGUGAGACUACAACACCUACCCCAUCCAAGACCCCUUCUACACCCAGUCCUGAGCCUACUGAGACAACUGCACCCAGCCUAUCCACAAGCAUAAACACACCCACUGAGCACGUGGAGCAGACUACACCACACGGGACCUCAUCUGAGUACACAGUGAAGUCUAGUUCUUCCACCACUGAACAACCAUCCACAACAGAGGUGUCUUCUCAGUCCACGUUCAUUAACUCCUCCAGUGAGCAUAGUACUGAAACUACAGUUACAACUAGUGAGACUACAACACCUACCCCAUCCAAGACCCCUUCUACACCCAGUCCUGAGCCUACUGAGACAACUGCACCCAGCCAAUCCACAAGAACAAACACACCUGCUGAACACCUGAAGCCGACUACACCACACGGGACCUCAUCUGAGUACACAGGGAAGUCUAGUUCUUCCACCACUGAACAACCAUCCACAACAGAGGUGUCUUCUCAGUCCACAUUCCCUACCUCCUCCAGUGAGCAUAAUACUGAAACUCCAGUAACAACUAGUGAGACUACAACACCAACCCCAUCCAAGACCCCUUCUACACCCAGUCCUGAGCCUACUGAGACAACUGCACCCAGCCUAUCCACAGGAACAAACACACCCGCUGAGCACGUGGAGCAGACUACACCACACGGGACCUCAUCUGAGUACACAGUGAAGUCUAGUUCUUCCACCACUGAACAACCAUCCACAACAGAGGUGUCUUCUCAGUCCACAUUCACUACCUCCUCCAGUGAGCAUAGUACUGAAACUCCAGUAACAACUAGUGAGACUACAACACCAACCCCAUCCAAGACCCCUUCUACACCCAGUCCUGAGCCUACUGAGACAACUGCACCCAGCCUAUCCACAGGAACAAACACACCCGCUGAACACCUGAAGGAGACUACACCACAUGGGACCUCAUCUGAGUACACAGUGAAGUCUAGUUCUUCCACCACUGAACAACCAUCCACAACAAAGGUGUCUUCUCAGUCCACGUUCAUUACCUCCUUCAGUGAGCAUAGUACUGAAACUGCAGUUACAACAAGAGAGACUACAACACCUACCCCAUCCAAGACCCCUUCUACACCCAGUCCUGGGCCUACUGAGACAACUGCACCCAGCCUAUCCACAGGAACAAACACACCCGCUGGAUACCUGAAGCAGACUACACCACACGGGACCUCAUCUGAGUACACAGUGAAGUCUAGUUCUUCCACCACUGAACAACCAUCCACAACAGAGGUGUCUUCUCAGUCCACAUUUACUACCUCCUCCAGGGAGCAUAGUACUGAAACUGAAGUUACAACAAGUGAGAUUACAACACCUACCCCAUCCAAGACCCCUUCUACACCCAGUCCUGAGCCUACUGAGACAACUGCACCCAGCCUAUCCACAGGAAAAAACACACCCGCUGAACACCUGAAGCAGACUACACCACACGGGACCUCAUCUGAGUACACAGUGAAGUCUAGUUCUUCCACCACUGAACAACCAUCCACGAAACAACUUUUUUCUCAGUCCACAUUCACUACCUCCUCCAGGGAGCAUAGUAUUGAAACUACAGUUACAACAAGUGAGAUUACAAUACCUACUCCCUCCAAGACCGCUUCUACACCCAGUCCUGAGCCUACUGAGACAACUGCACCCAGCCAAUCCACAAGAACAAACACACCCGCUGAACACCUGAAGCCGACUACACCACACGGGACCUCAUCUGAGUACACAGUGACGUCUAGUUCUUCCACCACUGAACAGCCAUCCAAAACAGAGGUGUCUUCUCAGAAAACACUCCCUGCAACCUCCAGUGAGAUGACUUCUGAAACUCCAGUAACAACUAGUGAGACUACAACACCUACCCCAUCCAAGACCCCUUCUACACCCAGUCCUGAGCCUACUGAGACAACUGCACCCAGCCUAUCCACAAGCAUAAACACACCCACUGAGCACGUGGAGCAGACUACACCACACGGGACCUCAUCUGAGUACACAGUGAAGUCUAGUUCUUCCACCACUGAACAACCAUCCACAACAGAGGUGUCUUCUCAGUCCACAUUCACUACCUCCUCAAGGGAGCAUAGUACUGAAACUAAAGUUACAACAAGUGAGAUUACAACACCAACCCCAUCCAAGACCCCUUCUACACCCAGUCCUGAGCCUACCGAGACAACUGCACCCAGCCCAUCCACAGGAACAAACACACCCGCUGGAUACCUGAAGCAGACUACACCACACGGGACCUCAUCUGAGUACACAGUGAAGUCUAGUUCUUCCACCACUGAACAAUCAUCCACAACAGAGGUGUCUUCUCAGAUAACACUCCCUGCAACCUCCAGUGAGAUGACUUCUGAAACUCCAGUAACAACUAGUGAGACUACAACACCUACCCCAUCCAAGACCCCUUCUACACCCAGUCCUGAGCCUACUGAGACAACUGCACCCAGCCUAUCCACAAGCAUAAACACACCCACUGAGCACGUGGAGCAGACUACACCACACGGGACCUCAUCUGAGUACACAGGGAAGUCUAGUUCUCCCACCACUGAACAACCAUCCACAACAGAGGUAUCUUCUCAGUCCACAUUCACUACCUCCUCCAGGGAGCAUAGUACUAAAGUUCCAGUAACAACUAGUGAGACUACAACACCAACCCCAUCCAAGACCCCUUCUACACCCAGUCCUGAGCCUACUGAGACAACUGCACCCAGCCUAUCCACAAGCAUAAACACACCCACUGAGCACGUGGAGCAGACUACACCACACGGGACCUCAUCUGAGUACACAGUGAAGUCUAGUUCUUCCACCACUGAACAACCAUCCACGAAACAACGUGUUUCUCAGUCCACAUUCACUACCUCCUCCAGGGAGCAUAGUAUUGAAACUACAGUUACAACAAGUGAGAUUACAAUACCUACUCCCUCCAAGACCGCUUCUACACCCAGUCCUGAGCCUACUGAGACAACUGUACCCAGCCAAUCCACAAGAACAAACACACCCGCUGAACACCUGAAGCCGACUACACCACACGGGACCUCAUCUGAGUACACAGUGACGUCUAGUUCUUCCACCACUGAACAGCCAUCCAAAACAGAGGUGUCUUCUCAGAAAACACUCCCUGCAACCUCCAGUGAGAUGACUUCUGAAACUCCAGUAACAACUAGUGAGACUACAACACCUACCCCAUCCAAGACCCCUUCUACACCCAGUCCUGAGCCUACUGAGACAACUGCACCCAGCCUAUCCACAAGCAUAAACACACCCACUGAGCACGUGGAGCAGACUACACCACACGGGACCUCAUCUGAGUACACAGUGAAGUCUAGUUCUUCCACCACUGAACAACCAUCCACAAGAGAGGUGUCUUCUCAGUCCACAUUCACUACCUCCUCAAGGGAGCAUAGUACUGAAACUAAAGUUACAACAAGUGAGAUUACAACACCAACCCCAUCCAAGACCCCUUCUACACCCAGUCCUGAGCCUACUGAGACAACUGCACCCAGCCUAUCCACAAGCAUAAACACACCCACUGAGCACGUGGAGCAGACUACACCACACGGGACCUCAUCUGAGUACACAGGGAAGUCUAGUUCUUCCACCACUGAACAACCAUCCACAACAGAGGUAUCUUCUCAGUCCACAUUCACUACCUCCUCCAGGGAGCAUAGUACUAAAGUUCCAGUAACAACUAGUGAGACUACAACACCAACCCCAUCCAAGACCCCUUCUACACCCAGUCCUGAGCCUACUGAGACAACUGCACCCAGCCUAUCCACAAGCAUAAACACACCCACUGAGCACGUGGAGCAGACUACACCACACGGGACCUCAUCUGAGUACACAGUGAAGUCUAGUUCUUCCACCACUGAACAACCAUCCACAACAGAGGUAUCUUCUCAGUCCACAUUCACUACCUCCUCCAGGGAGCAUAGUAUUGAAAGUACAGUUACAACAAGUGAGAUUACAACACCUACUCCCUCCAAGACCGCUUCUACACCCAGUCCUGAGCCUACUGAGACAACUGCACCCAGCCUAUCCACAAGCACAAACACACCCUCUGAUCACCUGUAGCAGACUACACCACACGGGACCUCAUCUGAGUACACAGUGAAGUCUAGUUCUUCCACCACUGAACAACCAUCCACAACAGAGGUGUCUUCUCAGUCCACAUUCACUACCUCCUCCAGGGAGCAUAGUACUGAAACUACAGUUACAACAAGAGAGAUUACAACACCUACUCCCUCGCAGACCCCUUCUACACCCAGUCCUGAGCCUACUGAGACAACUGCACCCAGCCAAUCCACAAGAACAAACACACCCGCUGAACACCUGAAGCCGACUACACCACACGGGACCUCAUCUGAGUACACAGUGACGUCUAGUUCUUCCACCACUGAACAGCCAUCCAAAACAGAGGUGUCUUCUCAGAAAACACUCCCUGCAACCUCCAGUGAGAUGACUUCUGAAACUCCAGUAACAACUAGUGAGACUACAACACCUACCCCAUCCAAGACCCCUUCUACACCCAGUCCUGAGCCUACUGAGACAACUGCACCCAGCCUAUCCACAAGCAUAAACACACCCACUGAGCACGUGGAGCAGACUACACCACACGGGACCUCAUCUGAGUACACAGUGAAGUCUAGUUCUUCCACCACUGAACAACCAUCCACAACAGAGGUGUCUUCUCAGUCCACAUUCACUACCUCCUCAAGGGAGCAUAGUACUGAAACUAAAGUUACAACAAGUGAGAUUACAACACCAACCCCAUCCAAGACCCCUUCUACACCCAGUCCUGAGCCUACCGAGACAACUGCACCCAGCCCAUCCACAGGAACAAACACACCCGCUGGAUACCUGAAGCAGACUACACCACACGGGACCUCAUCUGAGUACACAGUGAAGUCUAGUUCUUCCACCACUGAACAAUCAUCCACAACAGAGGUGUCUUCUCAGAUAACACUCCCUGCAACCUCCAGUGAGAUGACUUCUGAAACUCCAGUAACAACUAGUGAGACUACAACACCUACCCCAUCCAAGACCCCUUCUACACCCAGUCCUGAGCCUACUGAGACAACUGCACCCAGCCUAUCCACAAGCAUAAACACACCCACUGAGCACGUGGAGCAGACUACACCACACGGGACCUCAUCUGAGUACACAGGGAAGUCUAGUUCUCCCACCACUGAACAACCAUCCACAACAGAGGUAUCUUCUCAGUCCACAUUCACUACCUCCUCCAGGGAGCAUAGUAUUGAAAGUUCCAGUAACAACUAGUGAGACUACAACACCAACCCCAUCCAAGACCCCUUCUACACCCAGUCCUGAGCCUACUGAGACAACUGCACCCAGCCUAUCCACAAGCAUAAACACACCCACUGAGCACGUGGAGCAGACUACACCACACGGGACCUCAUCUGAGUACACAGUGAAGUCUAGUUCUUCCACCACUGAACAACCAUCCACAAAACAACUGUAUUCUCAGUCCACAUUCACUACCUCCUCCAGGGAGCAUAGUAUUGAAACUACAGUUACAACAAGUGAGAUUACAAUACCUACUCCCUCCAAGACCGCUUCUACACCCAGUCCUGAGCCUACUGAGACAACUGUACCCAGCCAAUCCACAAGAACAAACACACCCGCUGAACACCUGAAGCCGACUACACCACACGGGACCUCAUCUGAGUACACAGUGACGUCUAGUUCUUCCACCACUGAACAGCCAUCCAAAACAGAGGUGUCUUCUCAGAAAACACUCCCUGCAACCUCCAGUGAGAUGACUUCUGAAACUCCAGUAACAACUAGUGAGACUACAACACCUACCCCAUCCAAGACCCCUUCUACACCCAGUCCUGAGCCUACUGAGACAACUGCACCCAGCCUAUCCACAAGCAUAAACACACCCACUGAGCACGUGGAGCAGACUACACCACACGGGACCUCAUCUGAGUACACAGGGAAGUCUAGUUCUCCCACCACUGAACAACCAUCCACAACAGAGGUAUCUUCUCAGUCCACAUUCACUACCUCCUCCAGGGAGCAUAGUACUGAAACUCCAGUAACAACUAGUGAGACUACAACACCAACCCCAUCCAAGACCCCUUCUACACCCAGUCCUGAGCCUACUGAGACAACUGCACCCAGCCUAUCCACAAGCAUAAACACACCCACUGAGCACGUGGAGCAGACUACACCACACGGGACCUCAUCUGAGUACACAGUGAAGUCUAGUUCUUCCACCACUGAACAACCAUCCACGAAACAACUUUUUUCUCAGUCCACAUUCACUACCUCCUCCAGGGAGCAUAGUAUUGAAACUACAGUUACAACAAGUGAGAUUACAAUACCUACUCCCUCCAAGACCGCUUCUACACCCAGUCCUGAGCCUACUGAGACAACUGUACCCAGCCAAUCCACAAGAACAAACACACCCGCUGAACACCUGAAGCCGACUACACCACACGGGACCUCAUCUGAGUACACAGUGACGUCUAGUUCUUCCACCACUGAACAGCCAUCCAAAACAGAGGUGUCUUCUCAGAAAACACUCCCUGCAACCUCCAGUGAGAUGACUUCUGAAACUCCAGUAACAACUAGUGAGACUACAACACCUACCCCAUCCAAGACCCCUUCUACACCCAGUCCUGAGCCUACUGAGACAACUGCACCCAGCCUAUCCACAAGCAUAAACACACCCACUGAGCACGUGGAGCAGACUACACCACACGGGACCUCAUCUGAGUACACAGGGAAGUCUAGUUCUCCCACCACUGAACAACCAUCCACAACAGAGGUAUCUUCUCAGUCCACAUUCACUACCUCCUCCAGGGAGCAUAGUACUAAAGUUCCAGUAACAACUAGUGAGACUACAACACCAACCCCAUCCAAGACCCCUUCUACACCCAGUCCUGAGCCUACUGAGACAACUGCACCCAGCCUAUCCACAAGCAUAAACACACCCACUGAGCACGUGGAGCAGACUACACCACACGGGACCUCAUCUGAAUACACAGUGAAGUCUAGUUCUUCCACCACUGAACAACCAUCCACGAAACAACUUUUUUCUCAGUCCACAUUCACUACCUCCUCCAGGGAGCAUAGUAUUGAAACUACAGUUACAACAAGUGAGAUUACAAUACCUACUCCCUCCAAGACCGCUUCUACACCCAGUCCUGAGCCUACUGAGACAACUGUACCCAGCCAAUCCACAAGAACAAACACACCCGCUGAACACCUGAAGCCGACUACACCACACGGGACCUCAUCUGAGUACACAGUGACGUCUAGUUCUUCCACCACUGAACAGCCAUCCAAAACAGAGGUGUCUUCUCAGAAAACACUCCCUGCAACCUCCAGUGAGAUGACUUCUGAAACUCCAGUAACAACUAGUGAGACUACAACACCUACCCCAUCCAAGACCCCUUCUACACCCAGUCCUGAGCCUACUGAGACAACUGCACCCAGCCUAUCCACAAGCAUAAACACACCCACUGAGCACGUGGAGCAGACUACACCACACGGGACCUCAUCUGAGUACACAGUGAAGUCUAGUUCUUCCACCACUGAACAACCAUCCACAACAGAGGUGUCUUCUCAGUCCACAUUCACUACCUCCUCAAGGGAGCAUAGUACUGAAACUAAAGUUACAACAAGUGAGAUUACAACACCAACCCCAUCCAAGACCCCUUCUACACCCAGUCCUGAGCCUACCGAGACAACUGCACCCAGCCCAUCCACAGGAACAAACACACCCGCUGGAUACCUGAAGCAGACUACACCACACGGGACCUCAUCUGAGUACACAGUGAAGUCUAGUUCUUCCACCACUGAACAAUCAUCCACAACAGAGGUGUCUUCUCAGAUAACACUCCCUGCAACCUCCAGUGAGAUGACUUCUGAAACUCCAGUAACAACUAGUGAGAUUACAACACCUACCCCAUCCAAGACCCCUUCUACACCCAGUCCUGAGCCUACUGAGACAACUGCACCCAGCCUAUCCACAAGCAUAAACACACCCACUGAGCACGUGGAGCAGACUACACCACACGGGACCUCAUCUGAGUACACAGUGAAGUCUAGUUCUCCCACCACUGAACAACCAUCCACAACAGAGGUAUCUUCUCAGUCCACAUUCACUACCUCCUCCAGGGAGCAUAGUAAUGAAGGUACAGUAACAACUAGUGAGACUACAACACCAACCCCAUCCAAGACCCCUUCUACACCCAGUCCUGAGCCUACUGAGACAACUGCACCCAGCCUAUCCACAAGCAUAAACACACCCACUGAGCACGUGGAGCAGACUACACCACACGGGACCUCAUCUGAGUACACAGUGAAGUCUAGUUCUUCCACCACUGAACAACCAUCCACGAAACAACUUUGUUCUCAGUCCACAUUCACUACCUCCUCCAGGGAGCAUAGUAUUGAAACUACAGUUACAACAAGUGAGACUACAACACCUACUCCCUCCAAGACCGCUUCUACACCCAGUCCUGAGCCUACUGAGACAACUGUACCCAGCCAAUCCACAAGAACAAACACACCCGCUGAACACCUGAAGCCGACUACACCACACGGGACCUCAUCUGAGUACACAGUGACGUCUAGUUCUUCCACCACUGAACAGCCAUCCAAAACAGAGGUGUCUUCUCAGAAAACACUCCCUGCAACCUCCAGUGAGAUGACUUCUGAAACUCCAGUAACAACUAGUGAGACUACAACACCUACCCCAUCCAAGACCCCUUCUACACCCAGUCCUGAGCCUACUGAGACAACUGCACCCAGCCUAUCCACAAGCAUAAACACACCCACUGAGCACGUGGAGCAGACUACACCACACGGGACCUCAUCUGAGUACACAGUGAAGUCUAGUUCUUCCACCACUGAACAACCAUCCACAAGAGAGGUGUCUUCUCAGUCCACAUUCACUACCUCCUCAAGGGAGCAUAGUACUGAAACUAAAGUUACAACAAGUGAGAUUACAACACCAACCCCAUCCAAGACCCCUUCUACACCCAGUCCUGAGCCUACUGAGACAACUGCACCCAGCCUAUCCACAAGCAUAAACACACCCACUGAGCACGUGGAGCAGACUACACCACACGGGACCUCAUCUGAGUACACAGGGAAGUCUAGUUCUUCCACCACUGAACAACCAUCCACAACAGAGGUGUCUUCUCAGUCCACAUUCACUACCUCCUCCAGGGAGAAUAGUACUGAAAGUUCCAGUAACAACUAGUGAGACUACAACACCAACCCCAUCCAAGACCCCUUCUACACCCAGUCCUGAGCCUACUGAGACAACUGCACCCAGCCUAUCCACAAGCAUAAACACACCCACUGAGCACGUGGAGCAGACUACACCACACGGGACCUCAUCUGAGUACACAGUGAAGUCUAGUUCUUCCACCACUGAACAACCAUCCACGAAACAACUUUUUUCUCAGUCCACAUUCACUACCUCCUCCAGGGAGCAUAGUAUUGAAAGUACAGUUACAACAAGUGAGAUUACAACACCUACUCCCUCCAAGACCGCUUCUACACCCAGUCCUGAGCCUACUGAGACAACUGCACCCAGCCUAUCCACAGGAAAAACACACCCGCUGAACACCUGAAGCAGACUACACCACACGGGACCUCAUCUGAGUACACAGUGAAGUCUAGUUCUUCCACCACUGAACAACCAUCCACAACAGAGGUGUCUUCUCCGUCCACAUUCACUACCUCCUCCAGGGAGCAUAGUACUGAAACUACAGUUACAACAAGAGAGAUUACAACACCUACACCCUCCCAGACCCCUUCUACACCCAGUCCUGAGCCUACUGAGACAACUGCACCCAGCCAAUCCACAAGAACAAACACACCCGCUGAACACCUGAAGCCGACUACACCACACGGGACCUCAUCUGAGUACACAGUGACGUCUAGUUCUUCCACCACUGAACAGCCAUCCAAAACAGAGGUGUCUUCUCAGAAAACACUCCCUGCAACCUCCAGUGAGAUGACUUCUGAAACUCCAGUAACAACUAGUGAGACUACAACACCUACCCCAUCCAAGACCCCUUCUACACCCAGUCCUGAGCCUACUGAGACAACUGCACCCAGCCUAUCCACAAGCAUAAACACACCCACUGAGCACGUGGAGCAGACUACACCACACGGGACCUCAUCUGAGUACACAGUGAAGUCUAGUUCUUCCACCACUGAACAACCAUCCACAACAGAGGUGUCUUCUCAGUCCACAUUCACUACCUCCUCAAGGGAGCAUAGUACUGAAACUAAAGUUACAACAAGUGAGAUUACAACACCAACCCCAUCCAAGACCCCUUCUACACCCAGUCCUGAGCCUACCGAGACAACUGCACCCAGCCCAUCCACAGGAACAAACACACCCGCUGGAUACCUGAAGCAGACUACACCACACGGGACCUCAUCUGAGUACACAGUGAAGUCUAGUUCUUCCACCACUGAACAAUCAUCCACAACAGAGGUGUCUUCUCAGAUAACACUCCCUGCAACCUCCAGUGAGAUGACUUCUGAAACUCCAGUAACAACUAGUGAGACUACAACACCUACCCCAUCCAAGACCCCUUCUACACCCAGUCCUGAGCCUACUGAGACAACUGCACCCAGCCUAUCCACAAGCAUAAACACACCCACUGAGCACGUGGAGCAGACUACACCACACGGGACCUCAUCUGAGUACACAGGGAAGUCUAGUUCUCCCACCACUGAACAACCAUCCACAACAGAGGUAUCUUCUCAGUCCACAUUCACUACCUCCUCCAGGGAGCAUAGUACUAAAGUUCCAGUAACAACUAGUGAGACUACAACACCAACCCCAUCCAAGACCCCUUCUACACCCAGUCCUGAGCCUACUGAGACAACUGCACCCAGCCUAUCCACAAGCAUAAACACACCCACUGAGCACGUGGAGCAGACUACACCACACGGGACCUCAUCUGAGUACACAGUGAAGUCUAGUUCUUCCACCACUGAACAACCAUCCACGACACAACCUCUUUCUCAGUCCACAUUCACUACCUCCUCCAGGGAGCAUAGUAUUGAAACUACAGUUACAACAAGUGAGAUUACAAUACCUACUCCCUCCAAGACCGCUUCUACACCCAGUCCUGAGCCUACUGAGACAACUGCACCCAGCCAAUCCACAAGAACAAACACACCCGCUGAACACCUGAAGCCGACUACACCACACGGGACCUCAUCUGAGUACACAGUGACGUCUAGUUCUUCCACCACUGAACAGCCAUCCAAAACAGAGGUGUCUUCUCAGAAAACACUCCCUGCAACCUCCAGUGAGAUGACUUCUGAAACUCCAGUAACAACUAGUGAGACUACAACACCUACCCCAUCCAAGACCCCUUCUACACCCAGUCCUGAGCCUACUGAGACAACUGCACCCAGCCUAUCCACAAGCAUAAACACACCCACUGAGCACGUGGAGCAGACUACACCACACGGGACCUCAUCUGAGUACACAGGGAAGUCUAGUUCUCCCACCACUGAACAACCAUCCACAACAGAGGUAUCUUCUCAGUCCACAUUCACUACCUCCUCCAGGGAGCAUAGUACUAAAGUUCCAGUAACAACUAGUGAGACUACAACACCAACCCCAUCCAAGACCCCUUCUACACCCAGUCCUGAGCCUACUGAGACAACUGCACCCAGCCUAUCCACAAGCAUAAACACACCCACUGAGCACGUGGAGCAGACUACACCACACGGGACCUCAUCUGAGUACACAGUGAAGUCUAGUUCUUCCACCACUGAACAACCAUCCACGAAACAACUUUUUUCUCAGUCCACAUUCACUACCUCCUCCAGGGAGCAUAGUAUUGAAACUACAGUUACAACAAGUGAGAUUACAAUACCUACCCCUCCAAGACCGCUUCUACACCCAGUCCUGAGCCUACUGAGACAACUGUACCCAGCCAAUCCACAAGAACAAACACACCCGCUGAACACCUGAAGCCGACUACACCACACGGGACCUCAUCUGAGUACACAGUGACGUCUAGUUCUUCCACCACUGAACAGCCAUCCAAAACAGAGGUGUCUUCUCAGAAAACACUCCCUGCAACCUCCAGUGAGAUGACUUCUGAAACUCCAGUAACAACUAGUGAGACUACAACACCUACCCCAUCCAAGACCCCUUCUACACCCAGUCCUGAGCCUACUGAGACAACUGCACCCAGCCUAUCCACAAGCAUAAACACACCCACUGAGCACGUGGAGCAGACUACACCACACGGGACCUCAUCUGAGUACACAGGGAAGUCUAGUUCUCCCACCACUGAACAACCAUCCACAACAGAGGUAUCUUCUCAGUCCACAUUCACUACCUCCUCCAGGGAGCAUAGUACUAAAGUUCCAGUAACAACUAGUGAGACUACAACACCAACCCCAUCCAAGACCCCUUCUACACCCAGUCCUGAGCCUACUGAGACAACUGCACCCAGCCUAUCCACAAGCAUAAACACACCCACUGAGCACGUGGAGCAGACUACACCACACGGGACCUCAUCUGAAUACACAGUGAAGUCUAGUUCUUCCACCACUGAACAACCAUCCACGAAACAACUUUUUCUCAGUCCACAUUCACUACCUCCUCCAGGGAGCAUAGUAUUGAAACUACAGUUACAACAAGUGAGAUUACAAUACCUACUCCCUCCAAGACCGCUUCUACACCCAGUCCUGAGCCUACUGAGACAACUGUACCCAGCCAAUCCACAAGAACAAACACACCCGCUGAACACCUGAAGCCGACUACACCACACGGGACCUCAUCUGAGUACACAGUGACGUCUAGUUCUUCCACCACUGAACAGCCAUCCAAAACAGAGGUGUCUUCUCAGAAAACACUCCCUGCAACCUCCAGUGAGAUGACUUCUGAAACUCCAGUAACAACUAGUGAGACUACAACACCUACCCCAUCCAAGACCCCUUCUACACCCAGUCCUGAGCCUACUGAGACAACUGCACCCAGCCUAUCCACAAGCAUAAACACACCCACUGAGCACGUGGAGCAGACUACACCACACGGGACCUCAUCUGAGUACACAGUGAAGUCUAGUUCUUCCACCACUGAACAACCAUCCACAAGAGAGGUGUCUUCUCAGUCCACAUUCACUACCUCCUCCAGGGAGCAUAGUACUGAAACUAAAGUUACAACAAGUGAGAUUACAACACCAACCCCAUCCAAGACCCCUUCUACACCCAGUCCUGAGCCUACUGAGACAACUGCACCCAGCCUAUCCACAAGCAUAAACACACCCACUGAGCACGUGGAGCAGACUACACCACACGGGACCUCAUCUGAGUACACAGUGAAGUCUAGUUCUUCCACCACUGAACAACCAUCCACAACAGAGGUAUCUUCUCAGUCCACAUUCACUACCUCCUCCAGGGAGCAUAGUACUGAAAGUUCCAGUAACAACUAGUGAGACUACAACACCAACCCCAUCCAAGACCCCUUCUACACCCAGUCCUGAGCCUACUGAGACAACUGCACCCAGCCUAUCCACAAGCAUAAACACACCCACUGAGCACGUGGAGCAGACUACACCACACGGGACCUCAUCUGAGUACACAGUGAAGUCUAGUUCUUCCACCACUGAACAACCAUCCACAAAACAGGUAUAUUCUCAGUCCACAUUCACUACCUCCUCCAGGGAGCAUAGUAUUGAAAGUACAGUUACAACAAGUGAGAUUACAACACCUACUCCCUCCAAGACCGCUUCUACACCCAGUCCUGAGCCUACUGAGACAACUGCACCCAGCCUAUCCACAGGAAAAAACACACCCGCUGAACACCUGAAGCAGACUACACCACACGGGACCUCAUCUGAGUACACAGUGAAGUCUAGUUCUUCCACCACUGAACAACCAUCCACAACAGAGGUGUCUUCUCCGUCCACAUUCACUACCUCCUCCAGGGAGCAUAGUACUGAAACUACAGUUACAACAAGAGAGAUUACAACACCUACUCCCUCGCAGACCCCUUCUACACCCAGUCCUGAGCCUACUGAGACAACUGCACCCAGCCAAUCCACAAGAACAAACACACCCGCUGAACACCUGAAGCCGACUACACCACACGGGACCUCAUCUGAGUACACAGUGACGUCUAGUUCUUCCACCACUGAACAGCCAUCCAAAACAGAGGUGUCUUCUCAGAAAACACUCCCUGCAACCUCCAGUGAGAUGACUUCUGAAACUCCAGUAACAACUAGUGAGACUACAACACCUACCCCAUCCAAGACCCCUUCUACACCCAGUCCUGAGCCUACUGAGACAACUGCACCCAGCCUAUCCACAAGCAUAAACACACCCACUGAGCACGUGGAGCAGACUACACCACACGGGACCUCAUCUGAGUACACAGUGAAGUCUAGUUCUUCCACCACUGAACAACCAUCCACAACAGAGGUGUCUUCUCAGUCCACAUUCACUACCUCCUCAAGGGAGCAUAGUACUGAAACUAAAGUUACAACAAGUGAGAUUACAACACCAACCCCAUCCAAGACCCCUUCUACACCCAGUCCUGAGCCUACUGAGACAACUGCACCCAGCCUAUCCACAAGCAUAAACACACCCACUGAGCACGUGGAGCAGACUACACCACACGGGACCUCAUCUGAGUACACAGUGAAGUCUAGUUCUUCCACCACUGAACAACCAUCCACGAAACAACUUUUUCUCAGUCCACAUUCACUACCUCCUCCAGGGAGCAUAGUAUUGAAACUACAGUUACAACAAGUGAGAUUACAAUACCUACCCCUCCAAGACCGCUUCUACACCCAGUCCUGAGCCUACUGAGACAACUGUACCCAGCCAAUCCACAAGAACAAACACACCCGCUGAACACCUGAAGCCGACUACACCACACGGGACCUCAUCUGAGUACACAGUGACGUCUAGUUCUUCCACCACUGAACAGCCAUCCAAAACAGAGGUGUCUUCUCAGAAAACACUCCCUGCAACCUCCAGUGAGAUGACUUCUGAAACUCCAGUAACAACUAGUGAGACUACAACACCUACCCCAUCCAAGACCCCUUCUACACCCAGUCCUGAGCCUACUGAGACAACUGCACCCAGCCUAUCCACAAGCAUAAACACACCCACUGAGCACGUGGAGCAGACUACACCACACGGGACCUCAUUUGAGUACACAGUGAAGUCUAGUUCUUCCACCACUGAACAACCAUCCACAACAGAGGUGUCUUCUCAGUCCACAUUCACUACCUCCUCAAGGGAGCAUAGUACUGAAACUAAAGUUACAACAAGUGAGAUUACAACACCAACCCCAUCCAAGACCCCUUCUACACCCAGUCCUGAGCCUACUGAGACAACUGCACCCAGCCUAUCCACAAGCAUAAACACACCCACUGAGCACGUGGAGCAGACUACACCACACGGGACCUCAUCUGAGUACACAGUGAAGUCUAGUUCUUCCACCACUGAACAACCAUCCACGAAACAACUAUCUUCUCAGUCCACAUUCACUACCUCCUCCAGGGAGCAUAGUAUUGAAAGUACAGUUACAACAAGUGAGAUUACAACACCUACUCCCUCCAAGACCGCUUCUACACCCAGUCCUGAGCCUACUGAGACAACUGCACCCAGCCAAUCCACAGGAACAAACACACCCGCUGAACACCUGAAGCAGACUACACCACACGGGACCUCAUCUGAGUACACAGUGAAGUCUAGUUCUUCCACCACUGAACAACCAUCCACAACAGAGGUGUCUUCUCCGUCCACAUUCACUACCUCCUCCAGUGAGCAUAGUACUGAAACUACAGUUACAACAAGAGAGAUUACAACACCUACUCCCUCGCAGACCCCUUCUACACCCAGUCCUGAGCCUACUGAGACAACUGCACCCAGCCAAUCCACAAGAACAAACACACCCGCUGAACACCUGAAGCCGACUACACCACACGGGACCUCAUCUGAGUACACAGGGAAGUCUAGUUCUUCCACCACUGAACAACCAUCCACAACAGAGGUGUCUUCUCCGUCCACAUUCACUACCUCCUCCAGGGAGCAUAGUACUGAAACUGCAGUUACAACAAGAGAGAUUACAACACCUACUCCCUCGCAGACCCCUUCUACACCCAGUCCUGAGCCUACUGAGACAACUGCACCCAGCCUAUCCACAAGCAUAAACACACCCACUGAGCACGUGGAGCAGACUACACCACACGGGACCUCAUCUGAGUACACAGUGAAGUCUAGUUCUUCCACCACUGAACAAGCAUCCACAACAGAGGUGUCUUCUCAAUCCACAUUCACUACCUCCUCCAGGGAGAGUAGUACUGAAACUCCAGUAACAACUAGUGAGACUACAACACCAACCCCAUCCAAGACCCCUUCUACACCCAGUCCUGAGCCUACUGAGACAACAGCACCCAGCCUAUCCACAAGCAUAAACACACCCACUGAGCACGUGGAGCAGGCUACACCACACGGGACCUCAUCUGAGUACACAGUGAAGUCUAGUUCUUCCACCACUGAACAAGCAUCCACAACAGAGGUGUCUUCUCAGUCCACAUUCACUACCUCCUCCAGGGAGAAUAGUACUGAAACUCCAGUAACAACUAGUGAGACUACAACACCAACCCCAUCCAAGACCCCUUCUACACCCAGUCCUGAGCCUACUGAGACAACAGCACCCAGCCUAUCCACAAGCAUAAACACACCCACUGAGCACGUGGAGCAGACUACACCACACGGGACCUCAUCUGAGUACACAGUGAAGUCUAGUUCUUCCACCACUGAACAGCCAUCCAAAACAGAGGUGUCUUCUCAGUCCACAUUCACUACCUCCUCCAGGGAGAAUAGUACUGAAACUCCAGUAACAACUAGUGAGACUACAACACCAACCCCAUCCAAGACCCCUUCUGCACCCAGUCCUGAGCCUACUGAGACAACAGCACCCAGCCUAUCCACAAGCAUAAACACACCCACUGAGCACGUGGAGCAGACUACACCACACGGGACCUCAUCUGAGUACACAGUGAAGUCUAGUUUUUCCACCACUGAACAACCAUCCACAACAGAGGUGUCUUCUCAGUCCACAUUUACUACCUCUUCCAGUGAGCAUAGUACUGAAACUACAGUUACAACAAGUGAGAUUACAACACCUACUCCCUCCAAGACCCCUUCUACACCCAGUCCUGAGCCUACUGAGACAACUGCACCCAGCCUAUCCACAAGAACAAACACACCCGCUGAACACCUGAAGCAGACUACACCACACGGGACCUCAUCUGAGUACACAGGGAAGUCUAGUUCUUCCACCACUGAACAACCAUCCAAAACAGAGGUGUCUUCUCAGAAAACACUCCCUGCAACCUCCAGUGAGAUAACUUCUGAAACUCCAGUAACAACUAGUGAGACUACAACACCUACCCCAUCCAAGACCCCUUCUACACCCAGUCCUGAGCCUACUGAGACAACUGCACCCAGCCUAUCCACAAGAACAAACACACCCACUGAGCACCUGAAGCCGACUACACCACAUGGGACCUCAUCUGAGUACACCCCCCCCCCCCACCCCCACCCCCCCCCCCCCCCCCCCCCCCCCCCCCCCCCCCCCCCCCCCCCCCCCCCCCCCCCCCCCCCCCCCCCCCCCCCCCCCACCAGGUGUCUAGUUCUUCCACAACUGAAGAACCAUCCACAAAGCACCUGUCUUCUCAGUCAACACUGUCAUUUUCCACCAGCAAGGCAUCUUCCCCUUCCACCACUACUCGUGUACACACAUCGACUAAUUCACAGCUUACAGGUUUGUCUGGUAGGUAUCUGUGUAUUCAUAUGGAAAUGAUGUUUAUCUCACAGUACAGUAUUCCAGUGUUUAACAGUUUACAUAUGCUGCCCAUACUGGGCCAACUACAAAGUUAUUGUAUUAAUUUACAAGGCUUUUAACAACUUGAGUCUAGGAUUUCUUCAAUACUGUUUGAUGCGUUAUAUGCCUGUUAGAUCACUCCCGUCGUUGUGGGAGUGGCUCUAACUGGUUCCCCAUGACUCCGGGAUACAGGUCACCCCCCAAUGAGCUGUGUGUUCAGAACUGUGGCCCAAUUCUGUGGAACUCCCUUUUGGCUAAGACCUCUUCUUUACUGAGGUUCAGGCACCUGCGAAAGCUUUGUUGUUUUCAGCAAUUAAUUUAGGCAACACUUUUUGGUUUUCUGAUGAAAUCUAAUUGAUUCUAUCAUUUGUAUUUCUCUUGAACCCUCACUGGACACUUCUUAGAAAUCAUCGCUUUAAGCGGUACAGCAUAUAUAUUGUUGGAUCCUGAUAUGAGGGCUCUUUUGUUGGCUUGUUCUUAAAUAUUGUUAAUAUUCUGUUCUGUUCUUGUCCUCUUGCUCAGCCUCUUCCACCACAGUUGUCCCUCUCGGGUGCUUUAAUGGUGGCGUGCUUGGCGAGGGUUUUUGUCACUGCCCGUCUCCCUAUACUGGGCAGCAAUGUGAAGAGGCAAAGAAUGAAAUCCAAGUGGGUAAGUCUGAGCAUUAUUAGUCUGAGCAUUAUUAGUACAAGGCUCCUGCCCUCUGGUUCUACCUUUGAAAACAAAAGCUCAAAAAUGUCUGGAUAUGUGUAGCAAUUUUCUAGGUGGGCAAUAUUUGUGGUCCUGCUGAUUCAAAGUGUGUGUUUCACAUUGCUGGGAGUAAUCUUGCUUCUUUGAUGACCUGCGUGUUUCUCCGUUGAAGUCUUGAGACACGAGUGCCCAAGCCAGCCUUCCCUAACAUUCUGCUCUCCAGACAUGGCUGUCCUCCCAUCUGCCUCAGUUAGCAUGGCCAAUGGCCAGGGAGGAUUUGAAGUUGUGGCCCAUCAAGACCUGAAGGGCACCAAGUUGGGGGACCCCUCUGACCUCAACUUGCUUGCACUGUCACUCUUGUGAAGGGUAGUUGGCCCAUGAAGAGACUGAAAGUGUCUCUGAAUACUGAGAAAGAAGUGAAAAAUUCCAGCCACCCAUGGACAUGGUUUGAUAUAGAAUGUUACCUUUUCUGGAUGCAGAUGACUUCAAUACCAACCGUGUAUAAUACUGGUUGUAUCUUUAGGAGGUGUAUAUACAAUCUACUCAGGCUUGUGCACAUGCCUAGGAAGUCUGGGUCUGUGGGGUUUUCCGCUUGUCCUGUGCUUACAAGGCAUGCUUACUAGGUCUGAGCAGUUCUGCCUUUGCUACACUGUUUUCCCCUGGGAAACCUGCUCUUUAGCACUACAUCAGAACAAACAUCAAUUUGUGGAAAAACCAAUUGCCAUUUCUUCCUAUUCAGCAUAAAACACUUUCCCCAGAGGCAGAGGCAAAUGGAAGUGUGGAUGAGCCCUCAACUGGUUUGCAAGGAAAGAUGGCCAACUUGCUUGAUUCAAAGUGGUGUGUUAGUUCUGUGGCAUCACCCUGACACCUGUAGUUUAAAAAGCUUCUGAUACCAGCAGGAGCAGCAGCAGCUGGACCAGAAUGCCACCUGCCUCAGGACCUGGAGAGUUCGUGUCAGCAAGAGUAGACUACACUGAGCUGAUACGCACACAUUCCAGUGUAUUUCACACCCUGUACAAGCGCCCUUUCUCUGCACACUUGGUGUGGAUCCAGAAGUGAUUCAUGUUGUUACCAUGAUCUCUGAAAUUCUCCUGUGACUCAAUGGACACCUGAAGUGCUUAUCCUCACAUCUGAAACUGUGGCUGUACCUUCAUGUUUAAUGACUCCUGUGCUUUCUGAUCACAGUGACUGUUGUGGCCACAAUCAAUGUCUCUGUAACAGUGAAGAAUCGGAAGUUCAGCCCAGAGAUGGCGAAUUCCAGCUCUUCUGUCUUCAAGACAUUUGUGAAGAUCUUUGAGGAACAGGUGAGGGGUGGCUGGGAGUGCACAGAGAGAUGACACCCCCCAAAAUACCCACACCCAAACCUGAACCCUAUGGCGACUUCUGAGUCCAGGCGCCAUUCAUACUCCAUUCCUCAUUGGUGAAGUUCAUUCACAGCAAGUCUGGAAACACAGUCAGGUUUCCCUCAUUUGAAAUACCUGGAUAUCCAGCUUCAGAAAUGGAGCCAUCAGAUGAGUAUAGAAAGCUGUUUCUGUAAUUUGUAGCUCAGAACUGAUGGUUCAAACCCUAAUACACACAUCAGGAACCGUCUUCCUAAUUGUCACUUUUGAAAGACCAAUGUUAAAGUGGCAAAGGUCAUCUUCCAGCCUUUAUAAUCAUCCCAUUCCUUUGGCCAGGCUGCCUGCUGGGAACUGGAGUCCAAGAACAGCUGGGGGAGGGCCACCAACUAGCCAUGCCCAGCACAGGAGAUACCCCAAAGGUGUGUUGGAAGGGUGGAGGAGGUAAAGGAGCACAGCAGGAUAGAGAGGCCCUACUCAGCACACAGGAGGGACCCAGAAUCUGCUGGGAUGGAAGGUUUAGUAUUUCUCAGAUCAACAAACUAGUUUACAUGUGGAGUUUUUUGUUGUUUCUUCUGCCGUGGAAAUUCCUGCAUUGCAGGGAUUGGACCCAAUAACCCUCAGGUCCCUUCCAACUCUACAGUUCUAUGAUUCUAGGGCUGCUGACCUGGACCUCAAAGAGGCACCCUGUCUGAUAUGAUCGGGGUGGCGGUCAGACUCGCAGUGGGCAGCUGCUCUGCUGUUUAUGUGCAGAACCUGCUGUUGGUUGGUGCUUCCGACUGUUGCUGUCUAUGCAGCUGAGAUGAGACCUCUCUCUCCUUGCAGAUGGACAUCCUCUAUGCGGACAUUCCUGGGUACACGGGUGUAAAGGUGAUUCGGCUGAGGUGAGUCACAGAAGAGAUACAGCUGGGGACCAAGUAUGGGAGGGAGGGUGCUGCUUGGUGCCAUGCAAUCUCCUGGGUCACUGCUGUGAGUGGCCACUCCCCUGUAAGCGACAGCCCCCACUACCAUCAUUCACCUCACAUCAGGCUGGCUGAGGGCACCUUUGGGGUUGUGGCUAAGUGAUUUCUCUCUCUUCCUUCCUGCUGCCUCUUCUCAGCAAUGGUAGUGUUAUCGUGGACCACGAGGUGCUCCUGCAGCUUCACUUCUCAGACUUCAAUGCUUCUUACAAUGCUUCCAUGAAGAACCUCACACAGACCUUGCAAAAGAAUUGCACUUCCAAUGACAAAGGUGAGGAGGCGCCUGCCACUUCUCGUGGGAAGGUCUGGCUGGCAUGAGAAAGCAGAAGUCAUCCAAUGGUUGUGAUUCUGUCCCUCCUUAUUUGGGAGUAAAUUGCACCAGCAUCACAAGUGCAUGUACUCCUGAGUCAACAUGCAUAGGAUGGGGUUACCAAGGUGGUAGUCAGGAGUUAAGCCUGGGGUUGCCAGCCACACUGGGAGCCCAAAGACAGGCUGUGAGGCGGCCGGUGAGCCACCUCUCUGCAGAACCUGAGCAGCUCCACUGUCCAAGGUCACCCCAACUCCCCUGGUCCAAAACAAUUAUGUUGUUUCACUAGGAACAGAGGUAUCCCUUUGAGAUUGAGCAAGACGAAACUGUACGAAAGCUUAUUGUCCAAAAUGGAAUGAAAUCAAGGUCUUCCCAGCAUGCCAAUUUCACUCCAGAGAAAAACAGGAAUCAAAAAUAGAAGGCGCCUCAUUUAGGCUGUAUCUAAGGCCACCUAGUUUUAUCUAUCCAUGCUGAGGAGUGAGGGUGCAAACCCUUCUCUGAUACCCCAGUAGCUCUCCUGCAACAUCAACUGACCCCAGCUGAGUUUCCUAUGCCAAUAUGGAGAUGAAUAUCAGGUUGCUUCUUGCCAGAAGAGGUGUGCUUCCUUCAGCCUUGGUGGCAGGGACUCAUGACAAGUGGGGGCGGGAGUUGAAGAAGAGGUCCCUCCCCAUGGAUGUCCCCCCCCCCCCGUGAUUUCUUCCUUUCAGAAGCCUCACCUUUGCUUUCCCUCUCUACUUUAGAUAAGCUCUGCUUUACUGAAGGAGCAUCUCGUGUGACCGCAGUGCCCCUGAGUCCUAAAGGUGAGGACUGGCGUGUGAGAGGGGAUUAGUGUGUGGGAUAAAUAUAUAUAUAUAUAAAAUGAUGAUGAUGAUCCAGCAGCCAAGCUCCUCUUUUGUUCUCCUAGUCCAGGGGUCAGCAAACUUUUUCAGCAGGGGGUCGGUCGACUGUCCCUCAGAUCUUGUGGGGGGCCGGACUAUAUUUUGAAAAAAAUUAUGAAUGAAUUUUAUUCCCUCAAAAUAACCCAGAGAUGCAUUUUAAAUAAAAGCACACAUUCUACUCAUGUAAAAAAAUGCUGAUUCCCGGACCGUCCGCGAGCCGGAUUUAGAAGCUGAUUGGGCCGGAUCUGGCACCUGGGCCUUAGUUUGCCUACCCAUGUCCUAUUCCCAUGCAUGUGGUGUUGUGAGACAUUUGCAUUCUUCCUUUGCUGACCCUACUCUCUCCUUUUCCAUUCCUAGAUCUGUCGGACGAAUGCAAGAAUGCCUCAGUGGUGGCACAAAACCUCCAGCCAUAUUAUGUGGCACGGAUCAUCAACAACACACUUCAUUGUGUCUCUAAUUGCAGUGAUUGGAACCCCCACCCAUUCCACUGUGUGAAUGGAAAGUGCUACAUCACCUCUGAGGGGCCCAAAUGCCAGUGAGUAGCAUGCCAGGGGUUGAAGGAGGGAGAGGAGAUGUGGGGUCAACUUUUCAUUGCAGGUGGGUACCAGCGGUGAAUAGUUACGUGUGUUUUUUUAAAAUGGCCAAAUACAAUUUGUUACCUAUCCGUUCUAGGGAGACGCCAAGCACAACAAGUGAAACAUCAAUUUCUACAAAUUUGAAAACAACACCUUCUGCUUACACUACUACGAAAAUAUCCACCACUUCUGAAACUCCAAGCACAACUAGUGGGACUACAACACCUACUCCAUCCAGAACCACUUCUAUAUCCAGUCCUGAGCCUUCUGAGACAACUGCACCCAGCCUAUCUUCAAGCCCAAACACACCCACUGAGCACAUGAAGCAGAGUACACCACAAGGGACCUCAUCUGAAUACACAGUGAUGUCUAGUUCUUCCACCAGUGAGCAACCAUCCACAAAACAGCUGUCUUCUCAGUCAACAUUGUCUGUCUCCUCCAGUGAGGUGACUUCUGAAAAUACAACCACAACUAGUGAGACUACAUCUACUCCCUCCAAGACCCCUUUCACCUCCAGUCCUGAGCCUUCUGAGACAACUGCACCCAGCCUAUCAUCAAGCGCAAACACACCCACUGAGCACAUGAAGCAGACUACCUCAGAAGGGACCUCAUCUGAGUACACAGUGAUGUCUAGUUCUUCCUCCACUGAACAACCAUCCACAAAACAGCUGUCUUCUCAGUCAACAUUCUCUACCUCCUCCAUUGAGGUGACCUCUGAAACUCCAACCACAACUAGUGAGACCACAACAUCUUCUCCCUCCAAGACCCCUUUCACCUCCAGUCUUGAGCCUUCUGAGACAACUGCACCUACCCUGUCUUCAAGCACAAACAGACCCACUGAGCACAUGGAGCAGACUACACCCCAAGGAACCUCAUCUGAGUACACAGUGAUGUCUAGUUCUUCCAGUGAGCAUAGUACUGAAACUCCAACAACAACUAGUGAGACUACAACACAUACUCCAUCCAUGACCCCUUUACAUCCAGUCCUGAGCCUUCUGAGACAACUGCACCCUUCCUAUCUUCAAGCAAAAACACACCCACUGAGCACGUGGAGCAGACUACCUCAGAAGGGACCUCAUCUGAGUAUACAGUGAUGUCUAGUUCUUCCACCACUGAGCAACCAUCCACAAAACAUCUUUCUUCUCAGUCAACAUUGUCAGUUUCCUCCAGUGAGCAUACUUCUGAAAAUCCACUUACACCUAGUGAGACUACAACACAUACUCCAUCCAAUACCCCUUUUACAUCCAGUUCUGAGCCUUCUGAGACAACUGCACACUUCCUAUCAUCAAGAGCAAACACACCCACUGAGCACAUGAAGCAGACUACCUCAGAAGGGACCUCAUCUGAGUACACAGUGAUGUCUAGUUCUUCCACUGCUGAGCAACCAUACACAAAACAGCUUUCUUCUCAGUCCACAUUCACUACCUCCUCCAGUGAGCUGACCUCUGAAACUACAAGCACUACUAGUGAGAGUACAAUGCCUACUCCUUCCAUGACCCCUUUAACUUCUAGUUCUGAGCCUUCUGACACAACUGCACGUACCCUGUCUUCAAGCACAAACACACCCACUGAGCACUUGAGGCAGACUACACCACAAGGAACCUCAUCUGAGUACACAGUGAUGUCUAGUUCUUCCAUCACUGAACAACCAUCCAUAACAGAGGUGUCGUCUCAGAUAACAUUGUCAGUCCCCUCUUGUGAGGUGACCUCUGAAACUCCAACCACAACUAGUGAGACCACAACAUCUUCUCCCUCCAAGACCCCUUUCACCUCCAGUCUUGAGCCUUCUGAGACAACUGCACCUAACCUAUCAUCAAGCUCAAACACACCCACUGAGCACUUGAAGCAGACUACCUCAGAAGGGACCUCAUCUGAGUACACACUGAUGACUAGUUUUUCCACUACUGAGGAACCACUCACGACACAGCUGUCUUCUCAGUCAACAUUCUCUACCUCCUCCAUUGAGGUGACCUCUGAAACUCCAACCACAACUAGUGAGACCACAACAUCUUCUCCUCCAAGACCCCUUUCACCUCCAGUCUUGAGCCUUCUGAGACAACUGCACCUACCCUGUCUUCAAGCACAAACACACCCACUGAGCACAUGGAGCAGACUACACCCCAAGGAACCUCAUCUGAGUACACAGUGA